GUGUUUUCGGUCGCUGCCCGAGGAAUAAUUUUGCAGAAGGGUCCAUAUUUUUUCUCUCUGCUGCACCGACGAGCGUUCGGGAUGGGAAGCGCAAUGUAGGCAGCUCGGCGGCGGCUACAUUUCGCCCUUCCUUCCUGGCCACAUUGUUCCCAAGCCAGGGCUUGGGGGAGGGGAUCUCCGCCUCCCCCCCUGUGGCGCCCCCCCCCCACUCCUGCCCAGCCCCCACCAGCCUUUCCUAGCGGAGGAGCCCCGCAAAGCUGCUGGAUCCCUCGAUUCUUGGGGGCUGGGGGUGCCGAGUCCAGGGCCUCCCCUCCCCCCUUUUGCACACACACACACGUACACGCACACACACCCCAGCCCCCCUCUCCUCCUUCUCCUGCUCCUCCACCGCCUCCUCCAGCCGCCGCUUCUCCUGUGCCCGGGGCCGAUCCUUCGCUCUCCGGAAGCCUCCUUCGCUCGAUCGGCGCGCAGCAGCCGUCGUGUCCCCAUCACCACCACCACCACCACCCUCCUUCUUAUUAUCGAUAAUAUUGUUGUUGUCAGGAAGGGGGAGCCGAGCGCCUCUUUCCCACCCCCCUCCUCGCCUCUCCCCUCUCCCCGAGUUUGUGGAGGGUCAAGGGGGGGCCGCGCAGCGCCGGGAAGGCCUGGGAGCGGUGCUGGGGGUUGCUUCGGAGUUGGCGACGGGCAGGAGGGCAGGGCAGGACCCGAUGGCUCGUCCGAGGCCCCGCGAAUACAAAGCUGGAGAUCUGGUUUUCGCCAAAAUGAAAGGCUACCCGCACUGGCCGGCCAGGGUAAGUACGCAGGGAUGGCGGGCGUGGAGGGGGGGCGUUUAACCGAGGGGUGUGUGCGGGGGAGGGAGAGGUGGCCGAGGACUCUAAUCUUAGCCCCCCACUCAGCCCCAGGGCCAAGCCUCCCCCACGCAUCCCCUUCUUUUCUCUCCCCCCACCCCGGUGCCGCAAAGGUUGGCCGCCGCCGCCGCCGCCGCUGCUUCUCCUUUCUCUUCCCUCUCCAGGGGCGUGAUGGAGCCAUUGCAUUUGCAGAGAGGGAGGGGGAAACACACACACACACAGCCCCACCUCCCCCCAGAACCUCCAUCCUUCCAUGCUCCACAAUGGGAUAAUCGGUGGGAGGAUGCGAUGGAGGGGGUGGGGGCGGGGAGCGCACGACAACCCCGAGAUUUCUCCAUCUCCGGAUCCUCGCCCCCUUUCAUUAUUCUCCGAGCUUCAUUUUGAUCAGACAACAACACCCUGCCCACCCCCUUUGGCAGCAGAAACGGAAUCGGGGGGGGGCGGGGGAGGUAGACGAGAAGGCGGCCGUACCUGAAGUAUUGUUAUUGAGGGGGGGCAAGGGGGGGCAAGGCAGCCUGUGCAUGACAAUGAUGCUGGUUUAUUCGACCGCCUCUCGCUGUCCCUUCUUCCCGCCACCCCAAACUCACUACUCAAAGCAGCCACCAUCACCCCGCCCCCUUGCUCCUUUGAAGGCGCCAGAAAGGGGGUGGGGGGGCAGCGAAAGAGAAAGGUGGUUUUCCUUUCCCCUUCGGACACUGUGAUUAAAUCAUAUUGUUGGUAAAGAGGCAGAAAGGAGUGCGGGGGGUCGCAUCCUGAGUCUCAGAACCUUGAGGAUCGAAGCGGUGCAAAUUGCCCAGGAAAUGAUUGCUUACCACUGGGGCCUAAAGCUCCGAAAUGUACCUGCCAGACCCAGGUACAGAGCAGUGGAUCAGGUGUGCAGGCAGAGGGCAGGAUCCUGGCAGUGCUUGAACUGCAAGGGGGUGCAGAGCAGGCCUGGCUGCCCUCUUUGCCUUUUGUAACGCCUCCCUGUUUAGAAGACUGCAAGGAGAGAAGGGCAUGGUUUGAUUUGGGGGGGGGGGGAAAUCAGGGAGUGGGUCUUCGUGCCGGUUCCUUCAGCCUUCCGCUUCUCCUGCUUCCCUUCCCAUCAUAAUUUAGGCACUAGGCCCUGAACCUGCAGUCAUUUUCUUCUUCCAAGUUGGGUUUUUCAUUAGGUAUUUCAUGUUUGCUUCUCUCAUGAAAGCAGCUGAGGGUGGCCAAAGGGGAGGGUUGCCAACUUUUCCGCUGGCCCCUGUAGCUGUGCCUUUUGCAGCCGCUCAACCUCCAGCCAGCCAUGCUUCAGGGCUGAUGGUGCUGAGGUUACAAGGGCAACCUUGUGUGUUGUUUGUUUCCUGGUCAGUUGGCAACCAUAGCAGAGAAAGGUGUACCUGUUUGGGAAUACAAACCAUGGCUGCCUAUUCAGAAUACAGAGUUCACCUUCAUGGGGUCACGGUGCUAUCGAUGAAGACAAGCAUGUAUUCUACCUGCAUACAAAAACCUGCAACUACAGGGAGCCCAUAUAUUUGGGAUACUUUUCUAUUUCCCCCAUACCUUCACUUCUCCCAAAGUUCCUCUGGGCACAGGUACAACAUAUCAGCUCUCAGUGUCUGGGAACCUAGGGGGCAGUUUUCCUUGCAUAAGGAAGUCUGCUUGGCUCUGCCUGUUGAGUCCAGCAGGGGGCACUAUCCCAGUUGUGGUUAAUGCCCCCCAGGAGCCACCAGUGGAAAGGGGCGACUAACCUUUUUCAGCCUCAGAGCCGGUGGCGUGCAGUGAAAUUUUUCGCAGGGGAACAAUUAGGACCAGAGAUGCCAGCUUGCAAGUGGGACGGGGGUGAUGUUGCAUGCAAGAGCAUCGUGCCUCCCUCCCUAAGCUGGACAGAAGCUUCCCAGGUUUUAGGAAGAAGGCACUAGGCGUUAAUACUUACCAGGAACAUUUAUGGGGCUGGCCUAGUCCCCCAAGUCCACUGACCACAUGCCAUUGCUCAGAGCCACAUUCAAAUUGUCCAAAGGCUGUUCUGUGGUCAUGGUGCAAAUGACCGCCUCAUGCCCUCACAUGCAUGUAGUGGAUCACUACACAUAUAUGUGCCACACGUAAAACCACACACAAACUCACAGGACACACACUCUCACACAGUGCACACAUAGUGCUGGAUGUGGAGGAGUGCUUUAAACCUCUCUUCUUGGCCCAGCGCUGCAACAGGGUGAUUCCCUCUCCACUCAGCCCAGAGUUGCAAUGAGCUGGCUCUUCCCAUCACAGCACUGGGCUAGAUGGAGAGGGGUAAACCUCUCAGUUCAGCACUGUGAUGGAGAGGGCAGUUACUGCCUCCUGCUGCUCUGGGAGGGGAGGAAACCCAUUUCCUGGUGGGGCCGCAAUAAAACUGCUAGUAUGUUUGCAAAACUAAGCAGGGUCUGGUCUGGUUUCAAAUUGGAUGGGUGACUGCACUGAAAUUCCUGCGUUGCAGAAGGGUUGCACUCAAAGACCCUUGGGAUCCCGUCCAAUUCUAUGGUUCUAUGAUAAAUCCAGCCCAGUGCUAAAAUGAGGAGAGGGCUUCGUGGGCCUGAUCUGUGCAGCAGAUUCACCACCACCCAGCAUUAAAUGAAGAAUCAAAACUGAUGGUACACUAUCCUCCUUAAAAUAGGAGCAUCAUCUGUCUAUUUAUAAACACUUUUUAUAAAUAGUACAUGAGUGUUACAAAAUUUUUAGAGAAACGACCAUUUAAAGAGAGAGGGGCAUCCCCUUCUUGGAAGACGCACAGAUCUUUCUUCUUGAGACCAUCUUCCUGUUAUCUCCAGCAAUAUUAUCAGGAAAUCUCAUUCAUGACAUCUUUCUAUAUAGGGAAGGGACCUUAGCUCAAUUGUAUAUCCCAGGUUCAGUACCUGUGAUGAGAAAGACCUAUUUCUGCCCGAAUUCAUGGAGGGUUUCUGCUGGUUAGAGUAGACAGUACCAGACUGCAUGGACAAAUACUUUGACUUUGCAGGAGAUGGCAUACUUAGUAGGGGCUGGAUUUUAUUACAUGCAUACACAGAAAUUUCAGUUUCAUGCAGCUUGGGAUGAUGAGUUGGAAAUGACUCUUGGGAGCCUGAAUCUGUGGCCAGUAUCCAUCCAUCAAGCCUACUGGGAGAUGCUUUCAUUAGCCCUUUGCUAUCCAUUCAAUGUCUAGUAUCUUAGUUCAAGCACAGGUAGGUAGCCAUGUUGGUCUGCCGUAGUCGAAACAAAACAAAAAAAAUAUUUCCUUCCAGUAGCACCUUAGAAACCAACUAAGUUUGUUAUUGGUAUGAGCUUUCGUGUGCAUGUACAUGAAAGCUCAUACCAAUAACGAACCUAGUUGGUCUCUAAGGUGCUACUGGAAGGAAAAAAUUUUUUUAUUUAGUUCAAGCACUCAGCUGAGCAGUCAGCUUUUAUGCCGUAGAGUGGGGGACCUGUGGCCCUCUUGUUAAGGGUGACAAUAGUUGGGGUCCAAGAAUAUCUGGAGGUUUAUUCCCCCCCCCCUUGUCAGGGAAGAAGAAGCAGGGUGAACACAUUUUGACUUGGGAGGAUGGGCUUAUUCUGAUCCCAGCAGACCAUUGUGGUUUAAACUCAAUAUACACUCAUAGAAUCCAAAAUUUCUCAUCAACAUACAGUGUGGUGUAGUGGUUAGAGUGCCAGACUAAGACCUGGGAGGAUCAGGGUUCAAAUUCCCCACUUGGCUAUGGUGCUCACUGGGUGACUUUGGCCCAGUCACUGUCUUUCAGCCUAACUUCACAGGGAUUUAGCAACAUUUCAGACCUACUAAGGCAGUGGUUCUCAACCUUGGAUCCCCAGAUGUUUUUGGCCUACAACUCCCAUGAUCCCUAGCUCACAGGACCAGUGGUCAGGGAUGAUGGGAGUUAUAGGCGAAAACAUCUGGGGACCCAAGGUUGAGAAAGGCUGUACAGUGGUACCUCGGGUUACAUACAUUUCAGGUUACAGACUCCGCUAACCCAGAAAUAUUACCUCGGGUUAAGAACUUUGCUUCAGGAUGAGAACAGAAAUCGUGCAGCAGCGGCGCAACAGCAGCAGGAGGCCGCAUUAGCUAAAGUGGUACCUCAGGUUAAGAACAGUUUCAGGUUAAGAACAGACCUCCAGAAUGAAUUAAGUUCUUAACCCAAGGUACCACUGUACUAAGGUAAAAUCCAGUUCACACUGGGGUCAUUCAUUUCAAGGGCAGAGGCAAGGAUGUACAGUCAACGAAGAGCUCAACUUUGCCUGGAAUGUGCCUUUAGUCCCCCAGUCGGCAUACAGGGAAUGCUCACAAGACAGGGCAGACACACCUAUGCCCACAGAGAUAAAUGGGAUUAUGAUGGCAUAGCCAAAAUAGAGUCUUCCAGAUGUUGUGGACUACAGUACCCAUCCUCCCCAGUCAGCACAAGCUGAUGAUCAGGGAUGAUGGAAGUUAUGGUCCAAAACAUCUGGAGGGCACAUCCAGUGUAUAUAAUGAAGUGUACAUAAACUUUGGGCUUUACUAAAGCUGUUAAGUACAAUUCUGAGAGCAAUCUUUCCCAAACACGGAGGUGAAAUUUUGCAAGCACCUCCCAGAAGUUUAGCGGUUGGGUUGGCUUGCCAGCCUGCCAGAACUCAGCAGCAGAUGCCAGCAGAUACAACAGGGUUUUAUUUCCAGAUUAAGGGGUCACCAGGUUAGCCCUGAACAUAGAAAAUCAUUUUCUUGCUGCAUAUCCUUAGUUAAAAGGAAAGUUCAGAAGCCAGUGUUGUGGGGUUACUCGGCUCGGCAGCUCCACUGCAAAUCAUUCUGAGAUCAUCUCCAGCUCUGCAUUCCAUGCUGACAACCUUUCGAUCUACAUACAGUCUGGUUCCUCGUGGGCUCUUCCAAAAUUUAUAAUACUAUCAGCCCGUGAGUCAAAUGUAUUUGUUUGUGACCAAAGGCCAUCACAAAACAAGGCUUUGUUUAGCCCAUGAGGAACAUAUGUGUUGCAUUAAAAAAUACAAAUCAAAUGAAUAUAGCUGUUCUCUCCUAAUACAACAAGCAAAGGGUCAUUGUCUAGAACAGGAAGUGAUUCUAAGAUCCCUGCUGAAUAUGGAAAUGAGAGUCAGGAUGGCGAUGUUCUCAUAGGCAUCUGGUUGGCCAAUGUGAGAACAGGAUGCUGGACUUGAUGGGCCAUUGGCUUGAUCCAGGAGGGCCAUUCUUUUAUUCUUAGUCUGUCAAACAAGCUUCAGAUCUUCAAGCUGUACAGUUACACCAGAGUUGACUCUGAUGAGAUAAAUUACAAGCGGUGUGGAGUAAAAAUAAAUCAACUGAAAGUGGAAGAAGGCAUGUUGGUCAAUGUGCAGCCCUGGAUCCAGUUCCACUGAAAUUAUAGAACAUGACUAGGGACGCGGGUGGCGCUGUGGGUUAAACCACAGAGCCUAGGACUUGUCGAAGGUCGGCGGUUUGAAUCCCCACAAUGGGGUGAGCUCCCGUUGCUCAGUCCCUGCUCCUGCCAACCUAGCAGUUUGAAAGCAGGUCAAAGUGCAAGUAGAUAAAUAGGUACCGCUCUGGCGGGAAGGUAAACGGCGUUUCUGUGUGCUGCUCUGGUUUUCCAGAAGUGGCUUAGUCAUGCUGGCCACAUGACCCGGAAGCUGUACGCCAGCUCCCUCGGCCAAUAAAGCGAGAUGAGCGCCGCAACCCCAGAGUCGACCACGACUGGACCUAAUAGUCAGGGGUCCCUUUACCUUUACCUUAGGUCCAUUAAACGGGCCUAUUUUGUGUAUAACUUCACAUCAUUCAUUUAAAGCACUAUGAUAGAACUUGAAUAGUUGUGGCUUCCACCAAAGAAUUCUGGGCGCUGUAGUUUGUGAGUUAAGAGAUCCCUGUUCCCCUCCCAGAGCUACAAUUCCCUGAGUGAUAUGACGAUUAAUCCCUCUGGGAAUGCAAGGGGAAUAGGGGAGUCGUAGCAGCAGCCUUAACGAACGACAGCUCCCAUCAUUCUUUGGGAGGGGAGCCAUGACUGUUUGAAGUGGAAUUGUAGUGCUUUCAAUGUAUGGCCUGAUGGUGGCCUUAGUUGGAUAUAGCCCAAAGUUUUCAGGGAGAACAUUCAAGAGUUUGAAGACCCAUGCAUGAGCCAAUUUUAUCUUGUAUUUUGAGGCAAACUGGCCAUUAACUUGAAAAACAGCUACUGCCUUGAGGCCAUUCCUGGGGAAAGGCAUCUAUUUAAGCAGGCCACAUUUAACGCUGGGUUGCUGUGCUCACACCCUUUUUAUAGGAUGGCCACAUAACAACGUCAUCCAGUUAUUGGCAUCCUGUAUUGUAUAAUAAUAAAAGUAAUAAUAAUAAUAAUAAUUUAUUUGUACCCCGCCCAUCUGGCUGGGUUUCCCCAGCCACUCGGGGCUGCUUCCAACAAAAUAUUAAAAAUACAUUAAAACAUCAGUCAUUAAAAGCUUCCCUAAACAGGGCUGCCUUCAGAUGUCUUCUAAAUGUCAGAUAGUUGUUGUUCUCUUUGAUAUCUGCUGGGAGGGCGUUCCACAGGGAGGGUGCCACUACCGAGAAGGCCCUCUGCCUGGUUCCCUGUAACUUUGCUUCUUGCAGUGAGGGAACCACCAUUUUCUCUGCACAUCUUUCAUCCUUUUCUCAGAUCACAGAAAGUGCAACUCCCGCACCCAUUGUUAGAAACUUGGAUAUAUAAGCUAGGCACCAAAUAGCUCCUUGAAGCAAGGUUGCAGUUGCCAAAACACAAAGCCUAGUUGCCAUUUUUGGGCAAGAUGGCAGUUUUCUGCUGCAUAUUUUAAAAUAAUAAUAAUGAGAGAGAGGUAUAGUGCUAGAAAACUAUAAUACUAUAGGAUCUGGGGUCCCUUCCAACUCUACAAUUCUAUGAUAGUCAUAUUAUGGUCUAGUAGCACAAAUUAAUAUUAUAGCAAUAUCAUGUCAUAGUACAAUAUCUGUUUCUUUCAUUUAUAAAACUGACAGAAAUAUCAUACCCUCCAGCAUUUCUCUGAUGAAAAUAGGGACGUCCUAAGGAAAAGCAGGACAUUCCGGGAUCAGAUCAGAAACCAGGACGGCUUCUGUAAAUCUGGGACUGUCCCUGGGAAAUAGGGACACUUGCAGGGUCUGAAAUAUGUUUUAUUGAUUAUUGAAAGACUGUGGGGGGGGGUUUUAAGUGAAAGCAGUCAUAAAAUGGUAUCCACCACAAGGGUUAUGAGCAGUGCAGUUUUUCUAGGAAAAGAGGUGCCGGAACAUGCCAUGAACGCCACCCUUGUUCUCUCAUAAUGGCAAUGGCGCCCACCUGAGAGGUGCCGGAAUCGAGUUCCGGGGGGGGGAAAGCCCUGGUUAUAAGGAAUGUGUGCUAAACUUCAACUGGCCCCGCCCACAACAAUUAUGCCACGCCCCCUUAUAUGAACAGAACAUAGCUGGAUGUACAUCUAGAAAAAGCAGAAUACUCCUAAUAGGGAGGAAAGGCAAUUGCAAUCCCACUUGUAGCUUACAGUGGAAGAGUAAUGACUGGGUAGUUCUUGGAGCCUCCAAUUUGGGAAGAAGCCCCGUCUUGGCAUUCUUACCCAUUUUAUCCUCUCAACAAUCCUGUGAGGUAGGCUAGGCCAAGAAGUGAUUAGCUCAAGAUCACGCAAUGAACUUCAUAGCUGAGUGGGGAUUCGAGUCCUAAUCCAUCACUGAACCACUAGCCAGCGUGGUGUAGUGGUUAGAGUGUCAGACUAGGAACUGGGAGGCCAGGAGUUCAAAUCCCCUCUUAGCUGUGAAGCUCACAGGGUGACCUUGGGCUACCUCACAAGGCUGUUGUGAGAAUAAAAUGAGGAGAGAACUAGAUGUGCACCACCUUGGAGGAAACAGGAGUAUAUAAAUGUCAGAAAUGUAAAAUGUAAUUUAAAAUGGCCUCACACACUACCUUUAGCUCAACUUCACUAAGCGCACACAAGUUUUGCUGGCCCACCUUCCCAGAUACACCUGUGUUUGCUGUUUUUGGCACACUUACAACCUGGGGGAAAGGGAAUCAUGUCCGGAAUUUGGCAUGUCUUCCCUGGGAUGAAUGCCUUUAAGCCUGGAAUGUGAAUGCUGUUAAUGAAUGGCAGAUAGGAGGCGAUUCUUCCAUUAAAUUUUCACCCUAGCCAAAAUGGGUUUUACUUUUCCAUUGCAGACCUGUGCAGAAGGCGGAGGGGGGGCGAGAGGCAUAAAAUAAAAGAAAUAAAAUCAAUUUAAACGUGACUUGUGAGUGCAGCCUUCCACAAUAUAUGGUGAAAAUGAUGCGCUGGCAUUUCAGGCUUCAAGAGGAACAGGUACAGCUGUUAGUACAUAAGAUAAGAUGGACUGGGAACCCUUACUUUUAAUAAUGCAGGCCUACUAGAUUUCAUGAAAGAUGCUAACAGACUGCUGUUGUUGCUGUUGUUGUUGUUAGGGCUAGGUUGCCAAAGAAGGACAAGAAUCUGUGUCACUAAAGACAUUAUCUGUGCAAGUCUUAGGGAAAGGUUAUAGCUCAGGGGCAGAUCAGGCAUUGCAUGCAGAAAUUCCUUGGUUCAGUCCCCUGCCUGAAAUCCUGGAGAGCUUCUGCAGGUCAGUGUAGGCAAUAGCUAGAUGAACCAGUGAGCUGACAUAGCAUCAGGCAGCUUCCUAAGCCCUUGAGACCAGUGUUCAAAAUCAACCAGGCGCCGAUCAGAAGGUCUGCGGUUCGAAUCCCCACGACGGGGUGAGCUCCCCUUGCUCGGUCCCAGCUCCUGCCCACCUAGCAGUUUGAAAGCAAACCAGUUCAAGUAGAUAAAUAGGUACCACUCCGGCAGGAAGGUAAACGGCGUUUCCGUGCGCUGCUCUGGUUCACCAGAAGCAGCUUAGUCAUGCUGGCCACAUGACUGGAAGCUGUCUGCAGACAAACACCGGCUCCCUCAGCCUCUAGAGCAAGAUGAGCGCCGCAACCCCAGAGUCGUCCAUGACUGGACCUAAUGGUCAGGGGUACCUUUACCUUUUUAUCACCCACUUGUGACCAAGUGAAGGUACCUGGGUGCCAGGACAGCAGCACCCAACAUCUCCCCCAUCUGGAGGUGCAUGCCCGGGGAUUAUUGGAUCUUGACUGUUUUUAUUUUUUUAUAUAUGUAUGAUAUUUAUUGAAAUUUCAGAAAAAAGAAUCACACAAAAACAAGAAGUAAAAAUACAAGAAAAAUACAAAAUACAGAAUAAAAGAAUAAAAGACACUUAAAAAGAAAAGAAAAAAAAGAAAAAUAGAUCAAUCUUUCCAUAGCUUACAUUCAUAUCCUUGUUUCCCUGACCUCCUCAUACCUCCCUUUUUUGUAUUCCAGUUCAAUUAGUUAAGUCAGCAAUUUCUUUCCCUCUUUGUUUUCUCAUAAUCCUUUAACUUAAUAUACUAUAACUUUAAAUUUUCAUUUUUUACAUACACCUUUAUGGCAUUACUGCUUAAACCACCUAGCUUCAUUCUUGACUGUUUUCACACACUAAUACCACACCUUGUAGAAUUCUAUCAGUUAAGAGUCCGUGACCAGAAGGAGGAGGAGUAUCAGGAAGAAUGGAAUAAAUUUAAUGAUUAUUUAGUUAAAUUUGUUAAGUUAAACUAACUGGAAAUAGCUUGCAGAUACUUAAUGGGCUUAGGAUUUUAUUUAUGUUAAGUGAUGAAUUAAUAUGUUUAAUUUUAUAAGGUGAAGAUUUAAGGAUGUUAAUGUUUAAGUUAAAUUUCAGAAAAAAUUGGGAUUUGGAAAACCGUUAAAAGGACAUGCAAUGAAAUUCAACCAAAGGGAAGCGAGGAAGUCAUUUAACAAAGUUAAUAACUGUAAUUUUUAAUAAGGCUAUGAUUUAUGUUAGUUUUGUUUGUUUGUCUUGUGUGUGUGUGUGUUUGUUUGUUUGUUUGUUUAUGAUAUUGUGAAAACCAAUAAAAUUUUUGAGAAUGAAGAAUUCUAUCAGUUAUAUUUUAUCUCCAGCAUUGGAAUGAAUCUCAGGAACCAAAAUGCUUUUUUCUGUGCCGCCUGAGCAGGAGCAGUAAACAACUUUAUAGUUAAUUGUUGCCGCUUGUCUUCACUUAACCCACCCCACUGCCUUGCUCACAGUUGUGAAGAAUAUUCUUAGUUAUGAAUGGUCUGUGUCACCAUUCAGAAAAAGAGGUCGGAAUAGGCCAGGACUCUUCCCUGGAUCAAGUGACUCUUCUUCUUUUAGUUCUCAAAGUUCUUCACCCAGCUCAAGGUUGCCGUCUGAACUAGCCAGAUGUUUAACUGAUGAUCAAUCACAGUCAGUCCAUCAUUUGAAAAAUAAGACUUUAGAGCUGUCUUGCCCCAAAAUGGCAACUAGCUAUUCUGUUUUGGUGACUGUAACCUUGGUUUAAGGAGCCCUUUGGUGCCUAGCUUAUAUAUCUCUGAGUUUCUAACACUGCUGGAGACAUAGUGUCAUGGCUAAAGGUAUCCAUCUUGCCACAGUUAAAAGUGAAAAGUCCCUCUGAAUUUAUCAAAGCAGGCUUACCAUGUGAAAUGAUGCACUUAAGCAUCUGUAGACACACACACACACACACAGAGAGAGAGAGAGAGAGAGAGAGAGAGAGAGAGACUGAGACUGUAUAAGGUCAUGCAGCCCAAAGUCUAAAAUUACCUAAGGACACCAACGUUCAUAUUGUUCAUAUUCUGUGUUUGAGCUUCCCUGAAUGCCCAGCUAUGGAUCUUUGGUGCAAUAUUGCCAGGCUCUUCCUAUGUUCUUAAUAUGUUAAAAAGGUAAAGGUAAAGGGACCCCUGACCAUUAGGUCCAGUCGUGGCCGACUCUGGGGUUGCGGCGCUCAUCUCGCUUUAUUGGCCGAGGGAGCCGGCGUACAGCUUCCGGGUCAUGUGGCCAGCAUGACUAAGCCGCUUCUGGCGAACCAGAGCAGCGCACGGAAAUGCCGUUUACCUUCCCACCAGAGCGGUACCUAUUUAUCUACUUGCACUUUGACAUGCUUUCAAACUGCUAGGUUGGCAGGAGCUGGAACAGAGCAACGGGAGCUCGCCCCGUGGAUUCGAACCGCCAACCUUCUGAUCAGCAAGUCAUAGGCUCUGUGAUUUAACCACAGUGCCACCCGCAUCCCUCGUAAUAUGUUAUGAGCCACUAAAUCCAGCUUCACAUCUUAGCUCAGCCUGGAAAUCACUCAGAGACCUAGGGAAGCCACUGCCUCUCAACGUCGCCCUCAUUUCACAAUAUCAAGAUAUUACUUAUUUUUUCAAAGCAGCUCCCCCCUUCCUGAGAGCUUCCAAUCUAAAAUACAGGACACAAAAAGAACUCUUUAUCCAUUCUUUAUAGCACCGCAACACCUGAAAGAAUGGCCGUAGCCCAGUGAUGUAACACCUGUUCUUCAUCCAGAACAGUGUUUCCCAAGCUUGGGUCUUUAGCUGUUUUUUUGGACUACAACUCCCAUCAUCCCUAGCUAGCAGGACUAGAGGUCAGGGAUGAUGGGAAUUGUAGUCCCCUCAAAAUGGCUGGAGACCCAAGUUUGGGAAACACUGAUCCAGAAGGACUCAGGUUCAACCUGGGGCAUCCCUAGUUGGGGCUGGGAAAGAAUCCCCACCUGAAAUCCUAGAGAGUAGCUGCCAGUCAGUGUAAGCAGUACUGAACUAGAUAGGCAAAUGGACACAGCAUAAGGCAGCUUCCUACUUUUGCUGCAAUUUACUGGCGGUUACUAAAGGCCCUUGAAAUCAAUGUCUGUUAAGUUCACAUAAUUAUGCACUGCAACUGGGUCUUCUACUGCAGUCCUGGUUACUCGUAGAUAGGGAUAAAAUAUCUCUGUGGAUGGAAGUGUUUUGAAAGUAGGGUUUGUUGGUUGUUCUUUACUGUAGCUGAACAGGCAAACUGCUUUUCCAUUUGAAGACAGUUUUACCUGUGAAGUCAGGUGAUCAACUCCAGGAAAAGCUUUCAGAACAGUUUUGGUUGUGCACACAUCUGCCCUGCCCAACAUAUAAAGAACCAUACAUGCAAAGCACAUCACUCCUCCCAAAAAUAUUGGGAACUGUAGUUUCCCCCUUCGCAGGGCUUUGAUUCUCAGCACCUUAACAAACUAUAGUUCCCAGCUUUCUGGGGGGUUUUUUUUGGGGGGGGGGUUAGUUAGGACUGUGGUCCAAGUCUUUUUAACAUCCCCAUUGUUCUCUGAAAUUCAAAACGUUUCCUAUCCAUUGGGUUUUAAAAGUGAGAUUUGCUCCAUUAUACUGGUCAUGAUAAUUCUGUAGCCACUUUGAUGCCCAGGUACUUUACAUGAGGUAGAUUACGUUUCACUGAAAUGUCGUUUGAAGCCAUAGUGUUUUUUAUGGUAAAUUGUGGUUGGUUUUUGUGUGGGCAAGCAUGGCCCAUAUUUUCAAAUGUUUGUGUGCAACUAGAUUUUAAAAGUUGAGGCUUUUAUUUUGAAUGUAUCAGGAAAUAGCUGCUUUUAAAGAAAGCAUUAGAUAUUGCCUGGCCUCAGUUAUAAUUAUGAACAUUGGCAACUAUGCCUUUGAAAAUGGUGUCAGCCAGCUAUGACUUUGAAAGGGAUCCUGGGAGUGUAAUAAGCCAAUAAAGGUGCUAUUGUCAUAUCCAUAUUCAAUAAACCUGCAAACCUAAUGCAGAACAGGGUUCUGUUUUGUUUUCCAUAGCAGAUCUGAUACGAUUCUGCAGUUGCGUGUUUCUCUUAACCCUCUUGUGUCCAGAACUGUUCCAUUUGUUGUUCUUGUUUAAAGCACAUGGUUGCUGUGACAAAAUAGGUAGGUCCCUGCUCCCAAGGAGCUUACAAUCUAAGCUGGGAUUUAUUUAUGUAAAGUUUGUCCCUUUCUUUUUACCCUUCAGCCAAAAAAUGCAUUUCAGAGCAGCUUGCAAAUAUCCAGAAGAAAAACAGUCCUGUUCCCUUGGGCUUACAAUUUAAAAGCCACAACACAAAAGGAAACGAGGUUGGGAGGGAGAAGGGAGAAAAGCGAAUAAGGAAAAUAUAUUCAUUAUGUCUUCAUAGUGAAGUUUCUCAUUUUUCAUGCUGGUAGAUUAGAUAUAUACCUGAUGGUAAUGUGGAGCUGUGGCUUCCACGCUGUGACACAAGGAAAUUACUCUGCCCUUUUAAACUACUUAAGUGAGAGAGACACUGUGGCUCUUCUUGAGCUUCUGUUUUCUCUCCUCUCCCACCUGCCAUAUAGAGUUAUAGAAUCAAAGAAUUGUAAAGUUGGAAGGGACCCAAGGGUCAUCUAGUCCAACCCACUGCAAUGCAGGAAUCUCAGCUAAAGCAUCCAUGACAGAUGGCCAUCCAACCUCUGCUUAAAAACCUCCAAGGAAGGAGAGUCCACAACCUCCUCCUCACUGUUCGACUGUCAAACAGCUGUCAGAACAUUACAGUGGUACCUCGGGUUACAUACGCUUCAGGUUACUUCUCCGCUAACCCAGAAAUAGUGCUUCAGGUUAAGAACUUUGCUUCAGGAUAAGAACAGAAAUUGUUCUCCUGCGGCACGGCAGCAGCAGGAGGCCCCAUUAGCUAAAGUGGUUCUUCAGGUUAAGAACAGUUUCAGGUUAAGAAUGGACCUCCAGAACGAAUUAAGUACUUAACCCGAGGUACCACUUUAUUUCUGAUGUUUCGUCAGAAUCUCCUUUCUUGUAACUUGAAUCCAUCGGUUUGAGCCCUUCCCUCCAGAGCAGGAGAGAACAGUCUUGCUCCCUCUUCCAUGUGACAGCCCUUGAAAUAUGUGAAGUUGGCUCUCAUAUGUCCUCUCAGUCUCCUCUUUUCCAGGCUAAACAUGCCCAACUCCCUUAACCGUUCCUCAUAAGGCUUGGUUUCCUGACCCUUGAUCAUCUUGGUUGCCCUCCAAGCUCCAGCUUGUCAAUAGCAUCUUUAAAUUGUGGUGCCCAGAACUGGACUUCCAGCGUGCUGCACAGCAAGCAGGGUGGGUUGUGUGGGGGACCAAAGGGCUGGCAAAGGAGCAGGCAGGAUGAGCUGCGGCCAUUGAAUCACCUGCUAAACUGGUUGUUAAACAUGGGUCUCUGGGUUGCAUUCAGGCAGCUCUGGGUCACUGUAUUCAGUCUUUAUAAGGGAUAAGCUUUCUGCCAGAUCACUUAUGCUGUCUACCAGUGCCAGAUUUACGUAUAAGCUAAACAAGCUAUAGCUUAGGGUCCCACUCUCUUGGGGGCUCCCAAAAAAUUUAAAGGGGGGGGACUGGAUGCACAUUUCCAAAAUAUGAGAUAAAAAACAAAUAAAAUAAAACGUGCAUACAGCAACAGUGUUUUGUGUUGUGUAGACUCCUAUUUGUUGUGUGCAAAUGGCUUUAGAUACCUAUCAGGUCCAUAAAUUACUAUAUAACAUAUAUUCAACACAAAAACAAAUGUGACAGUAUGUUGUUAACGAAGGACAGCUGGACAUAUAAAGGGCCCCAUUACCUUCAGUAGCUUAGGACCUCAUCAAACCUAAAUCCGACCCUGCUUUCUACCCUAGUUGCAGUCACUAAUCAUCUACAUAUUUACUCAGAAGUAAGCCUUCUUGAAAGGGACACGGGUGGUGCUGUGGGUUAAACCACAGAGCCUAGGACUUGCCGAUCAGAAGGUCGGCAGUUCGAAUCCCUGUGACAGGGUGAGUUCCCGUUGCUCGGUCCCUGCUCCUGCCAACCUAGCAGUUCGAAAGCACGUCAAAGUGAAAGUAAAUAAAUAGGUACCUCUCCGGCGGGAAGGUAAACGGUGUUUCCGUGCGCUGCUCUGGUUCGCCAGAAGCGGCUUAGUCAUGCUGACCACAUGACCCGGAAGCUGUAUGCCGGCUCCCUCGGUCAGUAAAGCGAGAUGAGUGCCGCAACCCCAGAGUUGGCCAUGACUGGACCUAAUGGUCAGGGGUCCCCUUACCUUUACCUAAGCCUUCUUGAGUCCAGUGAGAUGUGCUCCCAGGGAAAAGGUGCUUGGGAUUGCAACCUAAAAUGUGGGGUUUGAUUGCGUGGCCUACAAGGCUCCCUACCUCUGUGUCCAGAAUCCACCUACCUCAGAAUACUAGUUGUAACCAGGGCAGGGCACAAGUGCCUACUAGGGCUGGGCGAAAUCUGGUUUUCGACAUCAUGAUAUAUCACCAGCUAAGCAUCGUGAUAUACCGAUGUAUCACAAAGUCUGAAAUAAGGAUGGAGCUACGUAGAGGCAUUGGCUGGCUUCAUGGUUCAUCAUGCAUCAUGAUUUUUGCUGGUGCCUGCUCAUUUGAUUCACUGCUCCCUGCAGGAAGCAAAGUAAAGCUGAGCUGGGAGAGUUAACAGGGGCUGCAGGAAUCGAGAGAAAGAUUGGCUGGCUGGCUUCACGGUUUCCCCCACAUUGUGAUUUUUGCAUAGUGCAGACGCACACACACAUUAUGAUUCACGAUAUAUUGUCAGGUCAAAAAUUAUGGAGUCGAUAUCAUGAUAUGGACAAUCCAAACCAGUUUUGGAUGAUAUAUCGAUAUAUUGCCCAGCCCUAGGGCCUAGUUGCCUUCCUGCACUUUCACUUUAGUGCUUUGGUACUUAACCAAUGACGUGGGUAGCCCUGUGGGUUAAACCACAGAGCCUAGGGCUUGCCGAUCAGAAGGUCGGCGGUUCGAAACCCCGCGACAGGGUGAGCUCCCGUUGCUCAGUUCCUGCUCCUGCCAACCUAGCAGUUUGAAAGCACGUCAAAGUGCAAGUAGAUAAACAGGUACUGUUCUGGCAGGAAGGUCAACGGCGUUUCUGUGCGCUGCUCUGGUUUGCCAGAAGCGGCUUAUUCAUGCUGGCCACAUCACCCGGAAGCUGUACACCGGCUCCCUCGGCCAGUAAAUCGAGAGGAGGGCCACAACCCCAUAGUUGCCUUUGACUGGACUUAACCGUCCAGGGGUCCUUUACCUUUACCUUUUACUUAACCAAUAGAAUAGAUGCUUUCCCAGUGUUACACAGAGGACACACCUCCAGUUUCCCCCUUCACAGGCUGGGGACCACCAGCAGGUCUGGAGGGGUUAGCACUGUGGUUAAGUGUACAUUUGAGGCACAGAUGUGCACCUUAUGCAUCAGACCAGGAUGCCAAACAGCCAAUAUCUGCCUUCUCCAACUGACAGCAGCUCUCCAGCAAAAGGACUCUUCCAGCACUGCACCUCUUCUUUUUUCUAGAGAUACCGGAGAUUGAAACUGGGGUGUUAUGCAUGCAGAGCAUGUGCUCUGCCACUAAGCUGUGGCCUGACUUGUCAGACGCAUGCAUCAGAGCCUGUAAAAAUGCUUGUGCACCUAGGCUUUGAUCAUCUGUCUUGCUCCCAUUUGAUAUCAUGGCAAAAUUUCACCCGAAGUAUUUCACCAAGGCUGCAAUCCUAUGCAUGCUAAACUGGGGGGGGGGGGGGCGAGUCUAGUUGAGUCCAGGGGGAUAUAAUAAUGUGCUUCUAAGCAGCCAUGUCAUGGGAUGCCCUGUGAGUAAAACAGAGCCCUUUGUCCAAUUCUGGUUUCGUCUGUGUGUGGUUAGCUACAGAAAAACUGGCCACAUCCACACCAUACAUUUAAAGUACAGUGGUACCUCAGGUUACAUACGCUUCAGGUUACAUACACUUCAGGUUACAUACUCCGCUAACCCAGAAAUAUUACCUCAGGUUAAGAACUUUGUUUCAGGAUGAGAACAGAAAUCGUGCUCCGGCGGCGCAGCGGCAGCAGGAGGCCCCAUUAGCUAAAGUGGUGCUUCAGGUUAAGAACAGUUUCAGGUUAAGUACAGACCUCCAGAACGAAUUAAGUACUUAACCUGAGGUACCACUGUACUAUGACGCCACUUCAAAUAGUCAUGGAAUUCUGGGAGCUGCAGUUUGUUAUGGGUUUGUUAUGAGAGUUGUCAGGAGACCCCUAUUCCGCUCCCACCGCUACAGUUUCCAGAGUUCCCUGUGAAGUGGAAUUGACUGAUGAAACCACUCCAGGAAUUGUAGCUCUGAGAGGGAACUCUGGGGCGUCCCAACAACACUCAGCACCCUUGACAAUCCACAGCCCCCAGGAUUGUUUAGGGGAAGCUGUGGCUGUUUAAAGUGGCAUCAUAGUGCUUCAAAUAUACCUUGUGAAUGUGGCCAAUAGGCACGGCAUUAUAUGCUGUUCUGUACUUUUGUCUAGUGAUAGUAUGCACCUGCCUUCAGUUUGUUAUAAUCCAGGAAUUCAGUGCAACUGCUUAAACACAUAAAGUGAACCGUGUGAUCUCGAAAUGCCUUUCUGGACUGUGGCCCGGGAAGGCAGUGCACUUUGUAAUAAGCAGCCAAACAGUCAAUCUGCCAAUGCAAAUCUGGGGAAACCUCCUGCCGCCCUCCAGGAGUCCCUCUAAGGAUAUUACAGGCAAGGCCACCUCUUGAUAUGGAAUGGAAGUUUCUAUAGUCAGCAUAAUCCAUCAGUAAGUUGUGUCCCUUCUGGACGAUUUUGUACUUUCUCUCUUCCUCGCCCCACAUUCAGAUGAUUGAUAUUCCAGAAAGUAUCAAGUUGAUGGUAAGCCGCGAGGUCUAUGUGAUAGGCCAGAGGAAAGUUGGAUUCUUUUCUGUGGCAUCUCUUCCUUGUGUUUGUGUUCCUGGUGCAUUAGAAAUGGUUGCAGCGUUUUCUCAUAUUGGGGUGUGUGUGUGUGUGUGUGUGUGUGUGUGUGUGUGUGUAAGUGUAACAAAUUAUGUGCAUUGGGCAAAAAAACCCAACAACGGACGAGCUUCAAUCUGUAUCCAAUUGGUAGUUUCCAAGCUUUGUGUUGUAAGAUUUCUAACCUGCCUUUCACCAUAAAGCCUCAAAGCGGAUUACAGCAGUAGAAACCCUACAGUAAUAAUAAUCUUUUAUUAUUAUUAUUAUUAUUAUUAUUAUUAUUAUUAUUAUUUGUACCCCGCCCAUCUGGCUGGGUUUCCCCAGCCACUCUGGGCAGCUUCCAACAAAGAUUAAAAAUACAUCAAAAUGUCACACACUUUACACAUUAAAAACUUCCCUGAACAAGGCUGCCUUCAGAUGUCUUCUAAAUGUCAGGUAGUUGUUUAUCUCUUUGACAUCUGAUGGGAGGGUGUUUCACAGGGUGGGCGCCACUACCGAGAAGGCCCUCUGCCUGGUUCCCUUUGCUUCUCUCAGUGAGGGAACCUCCAGAAGGCCCUCGGCACUGGACCUCAGCGUCCGGGCAGAACGAUGGGGGUGGAGACGCUCCUUCAGGUAUACUGGGCCGAGUUAUAUAAUCAAUUGCAGUUAUUAAAAACAUGCAAAACAUAUAGAAUACAGUGGUACCUUGGGUUAAGUACUUAAUUCGUUCUGGAGGUCCGUUCUUAACCUGAAACUGUUCUUAACCUGAAGCACCACUUUAGCUAAUGGGGCCUCCUGCUGCUGCUGCUGCCGCGCCGCCGGAGCACGAUUUCUGUUCUCAUCCUGAAGCAAAGUUCUUAACCUGAAGCACUAUUGCUGGGUUAGUGGAGUCUGUAACCUGAAGCAUAUGUAACCUGAAGCGUAUGUAACCCUAGGUACCACUGUAAUGACAACCCCAAAGCAGAGUAGGAGAGAUGGAGCCUGCUAAACAAAAUGCCUUAAAGAAGUGGGGCUUCAGAAUAUGGGGUGAGCUAUGCAGCAAAGAGGCUGAGGAAAUCUGUAAGGAGGGAGUCCCACACUUUUGAAGCUGGUAUGCAAACGUAGAAAGCUGCCUUAUACAGAGUCACACCUUUGGUCCGUGUGGCUCAAUGCUGACUGCGCUGACUGGCAGCACUCCUCAGAGUUCCAGUCAGGGGACAUUUUCCAGGGCUAAAUGGCGAUGACAGGGAUUGAACCAGGCACACUUUGCAUGCCAGGCAGACGUUUUUGACCGUGAACAGCACAAGCUUUUAUCUCUGCCCUCUGAAGUUAUUGGAACCUUGCCUCACUCUAAAAGGAACCUCAGUUUUUUUAAGGGGGAUGGAGGAAAGGCAUUUUUAGUAGCUCUACUCUUUCUGCCACUAUAGCCUGUAACUGUCGAAGAAGCAGGGGGUUGCUUGUGAGGUGUAGUGGUUAAGAGCGGUAGUCUCGUAAUCUGGGGAACCGGGUUCGCGUCUCCGCUCCUCCACAUGCAGCUGCUGGGUGACCUUGGGCCAGUCACACUUCUCUGAAGUCUCUCAGCCCCACACACCUCACAGAGUGUUUGUUGGGGGGGGGGAGGGAAAGGAGAAUGUUAGCCGCUUUGAGACUCCUUCGGGUAGUGAUAAAGCGGGAUAUCAAAUCCAAACUCUCACUAUGAUAGCUCAAUAGGACCUUUAGGUUCAGAGGCUGUUGGAACGAGGGUGGUGGAUCAUAAGGGACUUGGACAUAAUCCAAUAAGGGAGAACUUCUUGCAUCCUUGACAUUCUUGUGGAGUUAGGGCUGAGUGAGGAUUUCAUUUGGUCUGUACGUUUUAGGCAAACUGACCUGAUUCAUGCUGACCUGGUUAGAAUUGUUCUGAUUCCCAGGCUAAUGUAUGGGUUGGAAUGCAGUUCUGUUUUGUUUUUAAACCUCUCCAAAUUUUGCAAUAAUUGAUUUUUUAAAAAUACUACUAAAAUGCAUGUUUAACUGAAAAUGCAUACAAUAUGGAUGUUUCAGGGUAGAUUGCAUUUAAAAAUGUGUAUCUAAUGAAAAAAACCAUACAAAAACUGAGUGAGUUUUCAAUUGGUUUUUUAAAAAUGCAGAACAGAUAGAACAGACUCAUGAAUGAGCAGAUGCAAAACAGACACAGACCAGGAAUAGAGGUUAUGUUUCAUUCUGUCCUACAAAUGUUGAUAGUGUGCUUUGUUUGUUUUUAAAUAUUCCCUUCUCUCUGGAAUGGGAAUGGCAUGAAGACUCCAAAAAGAGAGCUUUACUCUCAUUGUGGUAUGGCUGUGCUAGCUGUCUGCACACAUGGACUUGUUUUUUGGUUUGGUUUGUGCCUAACACAAUGAGAGAGAGAGAGAGAGAGAGAGAGAGAGAGAGAGAGAGAGAGAGAGAGAGAGAGAGAGAGGGGAAAUGGCUUUUCUGAAGACUUGGAGCCACCGGAAAAGCCAGGCAUGCGGAUAAUGCACAAGUAGGUGGCACAAUGCCCUCCAGAUGUUGUUGAACUACACCUCCCAUCAUCCUUGACUACUGGCCAUGCUGACUGAGGCUGAUGGGAGUUGGAGUCCAACAAUAUCUGAAAGAUGCCAUGUUGGCUACCCUUGAAAUAAUGAAUCAAAGCAAAACAGAAGGAGGGGGAAGGAGACUGGCAGUGUCUCUUGUUAGGGGACCUGUGGCCCUCCAGAUGUUGUUGGACUCCAUAUCCCAGCAGUCCAAACCAGUAUGGCCAGUGAUCAGGGAUGGUGGGAGUUGUAACCAGUAGUGUAGCGGCAAAUUCAGAAGUGCCUAGUCCCUUUGUGAUAGUCCCAGCUACACCCCCUCACAGCCAAAUCCCCUUCUAAGAUUAUACAACCUUCUAAGGUUAUGCGGUUAUUUUUCUUGGGAGAAAAGCAAUGACAAACCUAGACAGCAUCUUAAAAAGCAGAGACAUCACCUUGCCAACAAAGGUCCGUAUAGCUAAAGCUAUGGUUUUCCCAGUAGUGAUGUAUGGAAGUGAGAGCUGGACCAUAAAGAAGGCUGAUCGCCAAAGAAUUGAUGCUUUUGAAUUAUGGUGCUGGAGGAGACUCUUGAGAGUCCCAUGGACUGCAAGAAGAUCAAACCUAUCCAUUCUGAAGGAAAUCAGCCCUGAGUGCUCACUGGAAAGACAGAUCCUGAAGCUGAAGCUCCAAUACUUUGGCCACCUCAUGAGAAGAGGUGUGUGUGUGUGUGUGUGUGUGUGUGUGUGUGUGUGUGUUUUCUAGGUCACACUUUAAUUUUGCACGGGGAGAAAGUGUGAUCCUGGCCAGUCCUCCGUGCAAACCUUUGCUUUCCCUGAGUUACGUUUACUAUGCCAAAAGCUGUUUGUGACCCACUCUCGUUAAUUUCGUUGCUCAGGGGGGAUGGGGACAAAUCAUUUUGAGCUCAUUGCAUCCUUUUCUCCUCCCAAGUCAAGAGCAGCAAGUCUCUCCUUGCCUCCGAAGUGCAAGAUGUUGGCAGCACACAUAACGUAGGAAAUAAGGCAUUUAGCAGUGCGCUCCAGAAAGUGUCUACAUCUGCUCAGAAGACUCCAGGAGCUGAGCUAAUACAUCUUGGGAGCGGCUAGGAUAAACAUGACUGUAAAGCACUUGGAGCAGUAGUAGCAAGAGGUCGAUUACAUAAAGAGGGGAGUGUAGUUGCAAACUUAGUUUGCUUGCAAGGUCUGCUUUCUGUGCUGCUGGAUAUGUUAAAUUUUGAAUGAGUCAGAUCAAAGAGAAGCGGGAGAUCUAGAAAAUACUGGUUUCCAGUUUUGCAGCACUGUCAGUGCUACGCCAUACAUUUAAUGCACACCCAACACACAUUUGGGGCACGGGUGGUGCUGUGGGUUAAACCACAGAGCCUAGGACUUGCCAAUCAGAAGGUCGGCAGUUCGAAUCCCCGCGAUGGGGUGAGCUCCCAUUGCUCAGUCCCUGCUCCUGCCAACCUAGCAGUUCGAAAGCACAUCAAAGUGCAAGUAGAUAAAUAGGUACCGCUCCGGCGGGAAGGUAAACGGCGUUUCCGUGCACUGCUCUGGUUCACCAGAAGUGGCUUAGUCAUGCUGGCCACAUGACCUGGAAGCUGUACGCCGGCUCCCUCGGCCAAUAAAGCGAGGUGAGCGCCGCAACCCCAGUGUCGGUCACGACUGGACCGAAUGGUCAGGGGUCCCUUUACCUUUCCUAACAAACAUUUAAAGCACAUGACGUCCCUCAAUGAAUCCUUAUUAUUUACUCUGCUAAGCAUUCUGGGAAUUGCAGUUCUUUAGGGAAACUGCAGUUCCUGGAAUUCUUUGUGGGAAGAUGUGUGCUUUAAGUGUGAGCUUUGAAUGUACAAUGUGGAUCUGCCCAAACUUCAGCACUCUGUAUGUGGACAGAGAUAGCUAGCCUAGGGACCUACGGCUGAGAAUCGUAGCUUUCAAUUUUUUAAAGAAGGUUAAUAUUAUUGCUUACAUGAGUGCCAAAAUGAGUUGGUCCCUUACCUUUCUCGCGCUGAUCUGGCCACAGCGAUCCAUGCGACGGUCACCUCCAGGCUUGAUUAUUAUAACUCACUCUACGCGGGGCUGCCCUUGAAGCUGACCCAGAAACUCCAGCGGGUGAGGCUCCUCACGGGGUCCUUGCCGCGGGAUUACAUUCACCCAGUGCUUUACCAGCUGCGCUGGCUCCUGGUGGAGUACAGGGUCAGGUUUAAGGUGCUGGUUUUGACAUUUAAAGCCCUAUGCGGCCUAGGACCCUCGUACCUUUGGGACCACCUCUCCUUUUAAUAAAUUGGUUUUGUUUUUGUUUGUUUGUUUGUCCCCCCCCCCCCAUGUUUUAUUGUAAUUUUAUUGGUGUUAGCCGCCCUGAGCUCGGCUCUGGCCGGGGAGGGCGGGGUAUAAAUAAAAAUUUAUUAUUAUUAUUAUAUUAUAAAAAUCAAAUAGAAUCUGACAUAGAAAAAGUGAAUGAACGUUGUUCUCUAGAGUAAGUUAGGCUCGCCUCUUGUGUGCUAAAAUGGGCAUAGCUAAAUGGAAGCUGCUCAUGGGUCAUUUCCACCUGGCAAUAUGAUUUAAGGCAUGAUUGCCCAGACAGUGAGCAGAGUAAUAAGAGCCACCCAGAUCAAAGGAAAGAGACCAGACAAAGUAAGCGAGGGGGAAUAAUUUUAAUGAACUCCCCCACCACCACGACGGGGUGAGCUCCCGUUGCUCUGUCCCAGCUCCUGCCAGCCUAGCAAUUUGAAAGUACACCAGUGCAAGUAGAUAAAUAGGUACCGCUGUGGCGGGAAGGUAAAUAGAGUUUCUGUGCGCUCUGGUUUCCGUCAAGGUGUUUCGUGGUGCCAGAAGCAGUUUAGUCAUGCUGGCCACAUGACCCGGAAAGCUGUCUGUGGACAAACGCUGGCUCCCUCGGCCUGUAAAGCGAGAUGAGCGCCACAACCUCAUAGUCACCUUUGACUGGACUUAACCAUCCGGGAGUCCUUUACCUUUUACCUUUUACACUAGUUAGUAAAAAGUGGGCUGACAUACAGGAGAGCCCAUUCCAGUUAACCAAUGGGUUUUAUGUUGGAUUAUAUUGGAUGUUACCCAUUGUGUGUUAUGUUGGACUUCUGAAUUAUUAUCUUGUGUGAAGUGCUCCCUGCUGCCUUUUAAAUUAAAGACAGGAUUUGUUCUAGGUUCUGUUUUUCCAUAGGGUUGUUGCCAGUCUUUCACAAUGGCCCAGGGUAGUUCAGCAGUUGCAUCACAUUGGUCAAGAAACAUUUGAAUUACGGUAAUUUGUGGGUGUUCAGCAUCUACCAUUGCUAUGGAUCAUUAAGAUAAGAAGUAUGUAUUCUUUUCCUAGGGAUAUCAAUCAGCUAUGGAAUUUGUAAUUGGCUAAAGAUCUGGUUUUUAAAUCAGUUAAAUUUCAAUAAGAAUCCACACUGCUCAGUGCAGAAGGUAUACUGAGAGGAGAGUAACUUGCAAUUUAAUAAACAAAAGAUGAUACUGUGCUUAAAAGAAAAUGCCUUCUUUCUUUUUCCAAACCUUUAUUAGGCAUUGCAGAUAUAGGCCAUCUUAAAACAUCCAUAUACAAAAUUUUAAAAUAUACACAAAGAGAAGUCCCAGCAAAGGCAGAAUGGAAAUAAAAACUUAUGGAAUAUGCAGAAAUGGCAAAACUUAUUGGAGAUUAAGAAAUCAAGAAUACAAACUUUUUAUAUAAAAAAUGGAAAUGGUUUACUGAAUAUUUACAGAUAAAUUGUAAACAGAAAAGAACAAUGGCAGGAUUAUUGUAAUAACCUGCAGUUUUAUAAGAGUAUAUAUUUAAAGUAGAUGAAUAAUUGAGCAAAUUAAGUUAAUUUGGAUAUGCAGUCAUGGAGCAGGAAUUCUAACAGUUACCUCUGGGUUAAUAUCAGACAGCUAGAAUCUGAUACUUUCAUUGUGCCAUGAUGUUAAACUACCCCAAAAGGGGGAUAACAUGCAUUUACAUAGCUGGUUGCACAGUGGACAGUGGAAAGGAAGGAAGUUCAAUCUGCAGCAUCUCCAAGCAGGGCUGAGAGACAUGCCCAGUCCGAUUGCCUGGAGAGUUGCUGCCACACUGUAGACAAGACUGAGCUAGAUGGACCAAUGAUCUGACUCAGCAUAAGGCAGUUUCCUACGUUCCCAUGCCUCUGCCCAAAGAUUCGACUGGUCAUUUCAGUUGUUAGGGUAUGAAAGUGCUGUAUGGCUGCAUUUUUAUCUAUGUAUUUAUAUUGUGAAAAUGUGUACCCCACUUUUUCGUCUCAACAUCCAAAGGUUUACCACCCCAAGAAGGACAGUCAUCUAAAUACCAACCCAAAGUUUUAAAAGGAAAGCAGUUGCAAUAUAGACCACAAGAAGAAGAAGACAGGGGGGGAAACAUGUAGGAAAACACUGCAAGUUGCUGUACAGUGGUACCUCGCAAGACAAAUGCCUCGCAAGACGAAAAACUCGCUAGACGAAAGGGUUUUUUGUUUUUUGAGCUGCUUCGCAAGACGAUUUUCCCUAUGGGCUUGCUUCGCAAGACGGAAACGUCUUGCAAGUUUGUUUCCUUUUUCUUAACACCGUUAAUACAGUUGCGACUUGACUUGGAGGAGCAACUCAUAGCACGCGGUGUGGUAGCCUUUUUUGAGGUUUUUAAAGACUUUGGUGAUUCUUGAAGCUUUUCCAAAACUUUCCCGACACCGUGCUUCGCAAGAUGAAAAAAAACGCAAGACGACAAAACUCGUGGAACGAAUUAAUUUCGUCUUGCGAGGCACCACUGUACCAACCCAAAGUUUUAAAAGGAAAGCAGUUGCAAUGUAGACCACAAGAAGAAGAAGACAGGGGGGAAAACAUGUAGGAAAACACUGCAAGUUGCUGUAUCCUGCUUAUAAUGGGCUUGAACCAUGCUUGAACACAAGGAAUUACAGCAGCAGGAUAAGCACACACCUAGAGAACAUAAGAAGAGCCUCCUAGAUCAGGAGCAUGUCCCAUCUAGUUCAGCGUCCUGUUUUCGCAGUGGCCAACCAAAUGCCCAUGGGAAACCCACAAAACAUCCACGCACCCCCCACAGCUUUCUAAACAUCCACAUUUGGCAGAAUUGGUUUAGGAAAGGGGUCCAUGCCUCGGAAGGCAGGAAAGAUCAACCUUCCUGGUGUAAUUUUGCUGGUGAGUAGACAGGGAGGGAAAGCUAGUAGAAUCAGGCACAGAACAGUUAGGAAUAGGUUAGCCGUAUUUUUUUAGAGAGACAGAGAGUUUGUUGGGAGUUUGCGUCUUGGUGCUAUUUUUGGAGACGGUUCUGUUCAGUCUCCAGGGUGCCAGCUAGGAGGGUUCUGAAGGAAUCUAGUGAAGGUUGCCAUGAUGCUUAAAGACCUGGAUGUUUGCCAGGUCUGAAGCAGUCCACCCUCUGCCCAGCUACUGUGCUUUGUGGCCUGGAUUCUUAGACUUGCAAGAAAAAAACAACCCCAUCUUACUGUGGUUCUUAUUAUUUCAGUUCCCUGUUAAGUGCUCUUGAGUAGGGCUGGGACAUAUCUGGUUUUCAGCAUCGUGAUAUAUCACCAGCUAAAUAUAACAAUGUCUCGGUAUAUCAUGGUAUAUAUCUGCAGCAGUGGAGGGCCUUAAAAUUUAAGGAAGUAGUAGAUUGAAUUUUAUUUUAUUAUUUUUAAACAGCUUCUAUAUAAUACAUUUAAUAUAUUUUCCACUUAUUUACGCGUAGUUUAAACGAUUUAAAAUGUAAGGAAGUAGUCAAUUGAAUUAUUUAUUUAUUUUUAAAACAGCUUCUAUAUAAUAUAUUUAAUAUAUUUUCAGCUUAUUUAUGAGUAGUUUAAAAUAUAAGGAAGUAGUAGACUGAAUUAUUUUUAUUUUUUUAAACAGCUUCUAUAUAAUAUAUUUAAUAUAUUUUCAACUUACUUACGAGUAGUUUAAGCGAUUUACUAGUCAAGUUGCAUCUGCUUCCCCACUCAGUGGUCUAAGUGGAAUCUGUGCAUGUAUAAGCCCUGCUGACUUCAACUAAACUUACUUUUAUUUUCCUGGGAGUAAGCUUCAUUGAACUUAGUAGGGCUUGCUUGUGAGUAGCCACGCAUUUGCUUGCACUGCUUACUGAAAAACUCUCCCCAUCAUUCUCACGUAAUACCCAACCUCCCAUUUCAGCAUAUGGCAGCCAGCUAAAUCUUCUCCCCUCCAUUCCCCCCCCCCCAGAAGGGGGGCCCCAAAAGCCAGUCAAUCAUCCCACCAAUUUCUCCCUUUUUAUCAAAGGGAGGGAGGGAGGGCAAUCAAGCAAAAAGAUAGUCUCCUUUAAUUAUUAUUAUUAUCCCUUCAUUUUUAAUAUGGAGGAAAGCUAAUUAGGGGAAACCAACAACAUAAACACCACCAGAAACUAAAAAUUCUCCCCCUCUUUUUUUCCACUGGUAGGGGUGAUUGUGAGGGAAGAAAGAAGAGCUUUUCAGUUCUUUGUUUAUAUUCUUUGUUUACUUUGCCAUAUCUGUUCAGCUGAGCUACCCCCUGAGAAGCUGCUUAGUCUCCACCUGGUAUAUUGUCUUGUUGAAACACUCAUCACAAUGCUAUUUCAACACUCAAGGAUAUGGCGAUUUAUUCCACAGCCCUACUCUUGAGGAUGCCUCGAAAGAUAGGCAUAGUGAUUCCCCUGGGCGUGAGGCUAGCUCAGGUGCCAGGAUUCGAACCUGGAGCUACCAGCUGCAACUCUUAACAUGCUGGUGGCUACACCAGAGUGCCUGCCUUCUUCGUGGAGAGUAAUUUGUUUUAUAGAGCACCACUAUCUGCAUGGAUCCGAUCGUCGUUCAAAUGAUAUAAUAAACUUUGUCGUAAAUAUAUUCAGUUUGGAAUGAGGCUUGGAGAGGGAAAUAAUGAUCUGUUGAGAUUUAGAGAGCCACUUAUAUGCAGCUACUCAGCCUAGCACAGGUUGCUGUAUGCAGAGAGGAGAACAGGAUCUCCAAAUAGGAAUCAAUAUGGUUAACAUCACCCAGCAACCCUCCACACCAGGCAUGGGCAAACUCGGCCCUCCAGAUGUUUUGGGACUACAACUCCCAUCAUCCCUGACCACUAGUCCUGUUAGUUAGGGAUGAUGGGAGUUGUAGUCCCAAAACAUCUGGAGGGCCGAGUUUGCCUAUGCCUGUUCCACGCAGACACGCAAACAACUCACCACAGUCAUCUGAAGGCAACCAACCUCUCAAUGCCAAUGAAAACGAAUACAAGAACAGAAAGAGAACCUACCCACGUGACGUUGACACAAAAACACUAUGUAAAAGAAUGGGUUCAAAUCCUGCUCCGAACAAUAAAGCUGAUUGGAUAACUUUGGAGCAGUCAGGAGCAUCUCUGAGCCUUACUCACCUCACAGGAUCAGUUGUGAUGAAGAAACUGGGAAGAUGAUACAAAGAAUGUACACCCAUCUGAAGUUUUGGAGGAAGGGCCGUUCAUAAAUCCAAUUAUUAUUGGGUGGUCCACUGCCCAAAGUGCAGCCCUUACUCUCAUCCCCCUUGAAAAGACUGCAGGCUUUUCGACGGUCUUAAAAAGCAGAAAGCAAUGAACUAGUUCAGGCUUCUUCAGCCUGGCCCUCCAGAUGUUUUGAGACUACAAUUCCCAUCAUCCCUGACCACUGGUCCUGCUAGCUAGGGAUCAUGGGAGUUGUAGGCCAAAAACAUCUGGAGGGCCGAGGUUGAGGAAGCCUGAAGUAGUUGCAGCAGCUAUGCCUUAGGUGAUGGCAGAUGGGUAAAUAAAGGUUUUAGCCCUAAGAGGUUCAGUGACAGGAAUAGAGAGGCUUUUCUUUACUAUUACUUGCCUCCUCUGGGUUUUUUCCUGGUGAUUUUCAAAUGCACCACUUUCCCGCCUGUUGAAAUUGGCCUUGUUUUCUUUUCCUUUUUUGCUGAUUCCUCUUUCUUAUAGAGAGAUGCAUAUAUAUAUAUAUAUAUAUAUAUAUAUAUAUAUAUAUAUGAAGGCAGAAUAAUCCCAUCUUCUUAAAGAGUGUUAUAUCUUCCCUGUUCUUCUAAACUGAAGGAGCGAAAGAGAAAAUGUGCACAUCAGCGUUCUUAACGGACAGGAACACACUUGAAGAAGCCCUGUGUGUUUCAGAUGCAGAAAAUAACAGUGCCAUUCAUACAAGUUUAGGCCUAAUGUGGGAUAUCAGGUGCAGUUUGCAGUGCUACGUUGCAAAAAAUAAAAGUACCGUUUGGCCAGAAAAGGAAACACAACAAUUAAGACAGAAGAAAUGGGAAAUGGCUGAAGGAAUGAGUACAUUUUGCUCUAAAAAGAAGAAUCCUUUUUCAGUGCAGGGAAAAUUCAAGAGGUGUGGUCAGCCUAACAUUUAGCAUUCCCUCCCUUUGUAUGAAGAUGGUCCGGCAGUUUAUGAUUGCGCAAAGGAACUCUGGUUUAACGUAGCUUCGUUUGGGUGCUAAGAAUUCCAGGCUGCCCCUUCAUAGAGAUAUCGAAGAGAGGAGCAAAUUGAUGGAAUCAUAGAAUCGUAAAGUUGGAAGGGACCACGAGAAUCAUCUAGUCCAACCCCCUACAAUGCAGGAAUAUUUUGCCCAGCAUGGGGCUUGAACGCACGAACCUGAGAUGAAGAGUCUCACGCUCCAUGGUCAGCACUGUGCCAAGGAAACCCUUAAAGGUAAAGGGACCCAUGACCAUUAGGUCCAGUUGUGGCCGACUCUGGGGUUGCGGCGCUCAUCUCGCUUUAUUGGCUGAGGGAGCCGGCGUACAGCUUCCAGGUCAUGUGGCCAGCAUGACUAAGCAGCACACGGAAACACCGUUUACCUUCCCGCCAGAGCAGUACCUAUUUAUCUACUUGCACUUUGACGUGCUUUCGAAAUGCUAGGUUGGCAGGAGCAGGGACCGAGCAACGGGAGCUCACCCCGUCACGGGGAUUCAAACCGCCAGCCUUCUGAUCGGCAAGUCCUAGGCUCUGUGGUUUAACCCACAGCGCCACCUGCAUCCCAAAGAGACCCUUAGGAUAAUCUUAUUUAACCUUUUGGCAGCCUGCAUAGACUCUCUGAUGCAAUUCCCUUCCUCCUCCUUUUCCUUGAUUUUAUUUUUCUGCCGCUCUGGGGUUGGGGGAACCGGUGUUCCUCCAGAAGUUGUUGAACUACAACUCCCAUCAUCCCUGGCCGUUGGCUCUGGUGGCUGAGGCUCAUGGGGGGUUGGAGUCUGUAGUUUGUUAAGAGUAGCGAGAGAUGUUAGGAGACCCACCUUCCCAGAGCUACAAUUCCUGGGGAGGCUUAAUAAUCAAUCCCUCAUCCUGGGGAACUCCGGGAAUAGUAGCUCUCUGAGGGUGAUAGGGCUGUAAUAACUCUCAGGACCCUUAAACUAUACUUCAAGGGAGUCUUUGGGGGGGGGAACUGCUAAGUUGUGGGUGAACAUAUCAGACGACACAGCGAUUCUUCAGACAGCUCUUGCUUAUUCACAGGCCAGAACAGAACUGGGCUGAAGGGUUCAGCCAACCUGCUUAUAUAGAGCUCCACUACAAUGCAACAGUAACAACUUUCUGUAACUAUCCAAUCACUGAAUGCCACUUUCAAUUCCUUAUUUGCAUAUGUGGACCUGAGUGAAAACUAUCUACAGUAUCCCCCUGCUGGCCCAGGGUGAGAACUUCAGGACAUAACAGAAACCAUCGCUGUUUAAAGUGCAUGAUGCUCCUUUAAAUAUAAAAUGCAAAUGGGGCCUUACACUACAUUCCGGAACCCACCAUGAACGCCUUCCUUGUUCUCUUAUAAUGGCAAUGGCGCCCACCUGAGAGGUGCCGGAAUCGAGUUCCAUCGAGUUCCGGCUGGGGAGGGGGGAAGCCCUGGACAUGACUAACUUAGGUGGAUUAAUUUCACGAGGUCUACUCUAAGUAUAGCCAAAGUAGGAUGCCACUCCCUGUACAUAUCAAUAUGGGGGAAGACAUGGUUUGCAUUUGUAUACAGUGGUACCUUGGUUCUCAAACUUAAUCCGUUCUGGGAGUCUGUUUGACUCCCGAAACAGUUCGAAAACCAAGGCUCGGCUUCCGAUUGGCUGCAGGAGCUUCCUGCACUCAAUCGGAAGCCGCGUCGGACGUUCGGCUUCCGAAAAACGUUCACAGACCAGAGCACUCACUUCCAGGUUUGCGGCGUCCGGGAGCCAAGCCGUUUGAGUACCAAGGUACCACUGUACUUUGGCCUUUCAAACAGCAGCAAGGAGGAGCUGAAUUCUGACCCUACUGAGGAUACAAGGGGGAUGGAGCAUCUCCCUGCCCCCCUCCCCAAAAAACCCCACUCAGGUUCCUUUCUUCUCCAGCAAUGAGGGAGACUGCUGAACAGCUGCGAUCUGUUUCUGGAAAGCUUUCUGUAUCUGUUUAGGCAGACCUGAUGGAAAUGGCCGCACGCUCUGCUGCCAGCAUGGAUCUUGUAUUCAUGCACAGUGGGCAGGAGGAGCGAAAGGAGUCGAUUUUGCUGCUUCAGACCAAACCUGCACUCUGGUUGUGGGUGGUGAUUAUUAUAGCCGGCACUUCAGAAUUUGCAUUAUUUCCCUCAGUGGAAUGGAGACCGCCUCUCCUGUCGAUUUGACUAACAGAGGCUGCUGCUCUCAUCUGCCUUUUGUUCCGUAGCGCCAAGCAUUGAGGGGGUUUCUUUCUUUCGACACCACCCCCCUCGCUAUAGGGUCUCCGCCAACACUGCGAGAAGCAGCCAAUCAUGCUCAGGAAAGAGGUUCGCCAUAACAAAAGCUUUGGGGAGUGAACAGGGCUAGUCUGAGGGGUGGAAGGAGGGAGGUUUCUGCAAUCAUGGCUGCUGUCCUCCUCACUGUUCUCUGAGUGGGAAAAUAGCAGCAGCUUUCCUCUGGCGCUGAGGUGAUCCAGCUAGCGAAAUGGCAGAGAGUUGUCGUGGCCGAUGGGGACUGUGCGUGUGUUACAGCACAUUCUUGUGUGUGGGUGUUUUGGGGGGUUUGUCGUCCCCCCCCCCAAUUUUUAGCCGUAUGGCUCUCUCAGGGAGAAAACAGACCGUAAGCAUUCAAAGGCGGCAUGUAGAGCCUUUUCAGACGUUCCCUCACAAAAUUAAUGAUCAUGUCUCACUGGUCCUGCGGUUGUGUCUCUGAUGGCUCAGCUCCCCACACCCCAAUUUUUAUAUUGGGGGGCACAGCCAUAGAGGGGAUCCAGCUCUCAGCAUUUAGGCUCCCCCCCCCAUAGUUAACAACCCUGCCUGACCAAGCCCACCUCACAGGGUUACUGUGUCUUGAGUUCCCUGGAGAAAGGGACAAAUACGAAUGUGAGCAAUAUUUUUAAGCACAGAUUUUUGGCUUGUACAUAAUUGCCCACCUCUUUCCAAUAAGGUGACCAGACAGGAAAUUGUUGUUUUUGAUUUGAACAAGAUGGGUGCCUUUUUUUUUCCUUGAAGGCCACCAAUUGGCUAAAACGAACGUGCAAAAGAAAAAAAUCAUAAAGAAGGGGAUUUUAAGGACAGGGAUGUAUAAUUUGUGGGUGACCUUUGCUUGCCAUGCCCAAAAUUGUGGUCUCCAUCUUCCUGCUCAUCCUUCCCCCCCCCCUUUCAUAGAAUUUUGGAGUUCUGGGGGGCCUUUCAAGGCAUCUAGUCCACCUCCUUUAGAAUAAAGGAAUCUUGGAACAAUAUCAACCUUGACAGAUUUUGCUUGUUCCCAAUUUCCACAACAUAGGAAGCUGUAGUUAACUAAUAGCAGAAGUGAAAGUCUCAGAACUCUGUGCAGGAGAGGAUGGAAGAACGUGUGAUCCCAAGAGAGAGCUCACUCCCGUUGCACAAAACUAUGAUUUAUUGCAGCAUCCACAUGCAGUCACUGCAUUUGAGCCUUGGAGCUCUUGUUUGCAAAAAGAUAUACCCCUAGAUAUUUAUAGAUGGCCACUUGACUCUGGUAAUGCUGUCUUAUCUUAAAUAAAACUGACCAUUCAUACUCAAUUUAUGCUGGACAGGGUUUUGUCCUAGUACAGGGAUGUCCAACAGGUCGGUCGCGAUCUACUGGUCCAUCCCUGCGAGGUUAUGGUCGAUCGCGGUCGACCGCUGUCCCCCUUCCGGCCCCGGCCCCUCGCCCCACCCCGCCCUCCAUUGUUGGAGAACGGAAGCCGGAGUUUACAAACUGAGGCUGUUUUUCCCCCAGUGAUCCUUCGGUGAGAUUCUCUUUGACCCCCAAAGAAUGUAAAAAACAUUGUGCCCCCCAAAAAGCUAAGCAACUUAUGCCUCCUGAACCCCCUAAAAACGGGGCUACUCCCCUCCCUAAAAAAGCUCAACAACUUUGACCUGAACCCCCCAAAAACGGGGGUAGAUUACUGCCAGUUUUUAAUUCCACAAGUAGAUCGCAUUCUCUUGGAAGUUGGCCACCCCUGUCCUUGUACAUUCCCACAGUCAGUUUCUCAUGCGAGCAAAUAUUUGCAGAUGUUCACAUUUCCCCCUGAAAUGAAAGCGGGGGUUCUACCAAGUGCCAGUCACAUCGAUGUGUGUUUGUACACAGCUACCCCAUUUUAAGAACAUGAGAAGAACCUGCUGGAUCAGACCAAUGUCCCAUCCAGUCCAAUUUCUGGUUCUCACAGUGGCCACCAGAUGCCUAUAGGAAGUCCACAAGCAGGACGUGAGCUCCACAGGACUCUCCCCUUUUGCUCUCUUCCCUAUACAGGGCCGCUUUCAGAUGCCUUUUAAAGGUUGUCUAGUUACCGUAUUUUCCCGUGUAUUAGACAGUUUUUUCAUAUAAAAAAGAAAUGCUAAAAAUUGGGGGUUGUCUUAUACACAGAGGGGGGGACGGUCAAUUGGUGGCAGCCGUGAGCAGCAGAUUGUCAGCGGUGAUUGGGCGGUUGAUUGGUGACGACGGUAGCAAGGCCUGCUGACGAUUGGCUGCUGCUUUUGACGAUUUCUUUCUUCUGCGAGGCGUGCGAUUGGCAGUGGCGGUCCUGCGGGUGAGCGAUUGGCAACAAUCCCCCCCCAAAAAAGCUCAACAGCUUUGUGCAAUCCUUCCCAAAUAAGCUCAACAACUCAGGGCAAUCUCCCCCCAUUUCCUUAAUUUGGGGGGUCUCCAAAAAUAGGGGUCGUCUUAUACACGGGGGCGUGUUAUAUAUGGAAAAAUAUGGUACUUAUCUCCUUGGCUCAGGGGAUCACAUAACACAUGGGUAGGCAAACUAAGGCCCAGGGGCCGGAUCCGGCCCAAUCGCCUUCUCAAUCCGGCCCGCAGACGGUCCAGGAAUCAGCGUGUUUUUACACGAGUAGAAUGUGUCCUUUUAUUUAAAAUGCAUCUCUAGGUUAUUUGUGGGACCUGCCUGGUGUUUUUACAUGAGUAGAAUGCGUGCUUUUAUUUAAAAUGCAUCUCUGGGUUAUUUGUGAGGCAUAGGAAUUCGUUCAUUCCCCCCCCCCCCCGAAAAUAUAGUCCGGCCCUCCACAAAGUCUGAGGGACAGUGGACCGGCCCACGGCUGAAAAGGUUUGCUGACCCCUGACAUAACUCCAUACUCUGAUGAAAAUAGGGACUUCCUCAGGAAAAGCGGGGCAUUCAGGGAGCAAAUCAGAAACCAGGACAGCUUCUGGAAAUCCAGGACUGUCCCUGGAAAAUAGGGACAUUUGGAGGGUCUGAACUGGCUCAUGUACCAGCCAUAUGCAUGUUUAGGAAUCCCUGAGCUGGCCAGCUGCAUUGUCCAUUAUGCUUUGUUCUUUGAAAUUUGCAGCCAGUCCUCCCUUGCCGUCCGACUCAUUGGACAUUUGGUAAUGAGCCCACAUCUGUUUCUUUCCAACAGAUUGACGAACUCCCCGAGGGAGCCGUGAAGCCUCCCGCAAAUAAGUACCCCAUCUUCUUUUUCGGGACUCAUGAAACGUAAGUGAACAAAUGUACACGCUUUUAAAAAUAUGCUUUUAAACCAUUUGAGCCUAGUGCUUCUCUUUAAGGAAUGAGCUUGCUUUGAAAUUGGUAGGAGACUGAAGUUUUCUGCAUUCGCUUGUACAGUGGUGCCUCGCAAGACGAAAUUAAUUCGUUCCGCGAGUUUUGUCGUCUUGCGAUUUUUUCCGUCUUGCGAAGCACGGUGUCGGGAAAGUUUUGGAAAAGCUUCAAAAAUCACCAAAGUCUUUAAAAACCUCAAAAAGGCUACCACACCGUGGACAAUGAGUUGCUCCUCGAACUCAAGUCGCAACUGUCAUUACGGUGUUAAGAAAAAGGAAACAAACUUGCAAGACGUUUCAGUCUUGCGAAGCAAGCCCAUAGGGAAAAUCGUCUUGCGAAGCAGCUCAAAAAACAAAAAACCCUUUCGUCUAGCGAGUUUUUUGCCUUGCGAGGCAUUCGUCUUGCGAGGUACCACUGUAUAGAGAUCUCAGAGCUUGCUUUGUGGGGGAAACCCUUUGGGAGCAAGAGCUGGCCGGAGCCUGACUGAUAUCAUUUGCUAUCUGUUGGCAGACCACAAUAAAACCAUUACAAAAACAGGUUGCCACCUUUGCAGCUCAAAAAGAUGGCCGUAAUGCUCUAAAGAUGUCUGCUGCGGCCUGCAGAGAGGACCAUCCGCAAUAGUAUUUUGAUGCUGUUGUUAAUCUCGGUGUGUACUGAUAAUUAUUCGUGCUAUAUAUAUAUGUGUGUGUGUUAUAUAUAUUGUUAGCUUUAUUAUGAGUGCUGUGUUUUGCCCCGCUCCCCUAGUGUUUGUUCAAGCAGGCGUUGAGAUUUGCUACCAGUUUGUGACUGUAGGUGAUUCCCUUACAUUUGUUAUCCCGAAUCAUAUUUUAGAAACGAGCUAAAAAUACACGUCUUGAUCUCGUUUAUUUGUGGGGCCACCAUCCUGCGUACCAGGGAAGGAAAUUUCUGCAAUGGGUUGUAUUUUGCUCCCCACUAAGCAACCACAGGGCAAGCUCAAAGGUCUUUCAGAAUUUCAAGGAAAUCUGCAAUGUUUAUGUGGUUAAAAGAUUUUAUCAAUGCUACCCCAAUAUGGACAGGCAGCAAAUUGCAGGCAGCUGGAAGUGGCAAUUUGUAGUUUCACCACAGGAGGGCACAUUCACCUAACAUUUAACUGCAAUAGCACUGCAGAGUGUCCUAAUCAUAGAGUUAGGAAGCAGUGCAGAGUUAACAUACACCCACUGGUAUUGUUUGGGAUCUCCAUCCAUUUCCGUUAGGGUGAUAAGAGUACAAUGUGUCAGCAUGUGUAAUAUGUUUCAGGUUUGCAAUAACAUUGACAUAUCGUGUGUGUGUGUGUGUGUGUAAAAUUACAUUUUCUGUUUUACCAUUUAGAAUACUCAUUUAAACAUCUGUAAAAUAUAAAUGACUUCCCUUCUUCUCUUUCCAUGGUUCAUUUUGCAUAUCAUAAAUCUGCAUAUUUUACAUAAACUCAACCAUUCAGUGUUCCAUUAUUGCAUCCAUCAAAACUUAUUUACACUGUUGAAUAUGUCUUAAUGUUGCCAACUGUUUAGGGAAUUUCUUAAUGUUUGACCUUUUAUUGUGUUUUUAAUAUCCUGUUGGAUACAUUUUCAACUGUACACAAUUUCCUCCUAUAUAUUCAAUAAACAUUUUCCAAUCAGCUCUAAACGUAUGUUUAUGACACAUCUACAUUGAGUGACAAGUAACCUUAGACACAUGAGCAGUCUUGUUGCAAUACAGUGAUGAGUGGACAGCAAAACAAGUGAACAUUCAAACUGUUGCAAUAGCCUAAGACCUCAACUCAGCCCACAUCACUGUACAUGAUUUGUGAACCACUGACGCAUAAGCACCAUGAGAAUUAUCUUGAACAUCAGCAGAACAUCUAUAGUAGCAAGAACUAUCCUUAAUAUUGUACUAAGCUCAUGGGGAAACCCAGCCAGAUGGGCAGGGUAGAAACAAUAAAUUAUUAUUAUUAUUAUUAUUAUUAUUAUUAUUAUUAUUAUUAAUGUUCUGUCUCACAGUACCCCUGUUAUUUGGGGUUAUUCUGUGCUGGAGUACAUGAGAGGUUGACCACAUGGGAAGUUGGCGCAAGCCGUCCUCUCAGCUACAGGGCCAAACUGGGCAAGGCACCAUUGACAUUCUUAGCAGUGACAUGAGUGGGGGGUUUUUUAAGUAAGUAGCAGGGAUGGGGAGUACGAGCUGGAUCAGGAUCCCGGCAAGGGGGUGGGGAGGUCAUUGGAGGAAAAGCUUCCAUUCACAUGCUGUCUCAAAUGUACACACCUCAGCUAACCUGCGAAGUGAAUGUGGCUUAAGUUUUCAAAUUGGAUGAAAGAUGGUUUGAGGGACAGUGCAUCAAACAGCAACAUUUCUCAAGAAACUACAGGAUAUGUAAGGAUUGUGACUCUUGCCAUGUUUGAAGCACCACCAGUGGGAACACACUGGAGCCAGAGUAAAUAAUAAUGUUGCACAUAGCCAUUAGUGUUAUGCCUGAGCAUAACAGGGUUGUUUGUCUCUAGACCACGAUCUGAAGCCAAGGUUUCUUCUUGGCUUACCAACACAUACACAAUACAUAAAUACUAUAAUCAACUCUGAGAUUUUCAGACGUUGAGAGGGAUAAAACUGAAGUCUGAAAUAAGUGCCUAGAUAAUUUACUUAAUCUUGGCUGAUGGCCAGCAUUCUGUCCAAAUGUAACCACUGGGACUGGAACCAGGAAGCAAGAUUGUAAAGCAAAAUAAAAAGUAGGAAGAGCGAACCAACAUUGUAAAGUGCCCUUAUUCAGAUUAGUCACGCUUAAACGCUAUUGAUAUUAAUGAGGCUGUGGUUAGGCUCUUUUGAGACAUCAGGUCAAGCCAUGGUUAAGGAAACUGCAUGGUAUGUUGUAUGAAUUGACAAACCCAUAUUUUCUCCUUGGUUACAAAACCAGAAUCAGCACUUUAACAUGAGGCUCGCAAACCAUGUUGUUGUUGUUUAGUCGUUUAGUCGUGUCCGACUCUUCGUGACCCCGUAGACCAGAGCACGCCAAGCACUCCUGUCUUCCACUGCCUCCCGCAGUUUGGUCAAACUCAUGCUGGUAGCUUCAAAGACACUAUCCAACCAUCUCGUCCUCUGUCAUCCCCUUCUCCUUGUGCCCUCCAUCUUUCCCAACAUCAGGGUCUUUUCCAGGGAGUCUUCUCAUGAGGUGGCCAAAGUAUUGGAGCCUCAGCUUCAGGAUCUGUCCUUCCAGUGAGCAUUCAGGGCUGAUUUCCUGAAGAAUGGUUAGGUUUGAUCUUCUUGCAGUCCAUGGGACUCUCAAGAGUCUCCUCCAGCACCAGAAUUCAAAAGCAUCAAUUAUUUGGUGAUCAGCCUUCUUUAUGGUCCAGCUCUCACUUCCAUACAUAGUCUGUGCUAACUAUGGUUUGUUGUGAUGCCUGAAUUGACAAACCAUAGCAACAGUUGCUGUUCCUCCUCCAGAGGCUGCAGCAUCUGAAGACUACAUUGCUGAGCAGACAGAAAACGGAAAACAGGCAUGCAGCUCCAAACUAUGUUUUGUCUGACCGCAAGCCAUGGUUUGGUAUUGUGAUGUCUGAACAAAGCCACAAUCAAGACUAACUAGUUCCAUUUUUCAUGGGACCAAUUUCUCCGAACAAUGACUAUCAUAUUACUGUACCUAAUAUAGCAUAUGAAACUACCAUUUGACUGUCAUUUUCAUUAAACCGCAGUGCAUUUCUGGGGCCUAAAGAUCUCUUCCCAUACAAAGAAUAUAAAGACAAGUUUGGGAAAUCGAACAAACGAAAAGGAUUUAACGAAGGCCUGUGGGAAAUCGAAAACAACCCCGGUGUCAAGUUUACUGGCUACCAGGUAAGAAUGGUUUCUUUUCUCUUUUAGCUUUUCUCAGCUAAGCCUCUCCCAGGGCACACUUACCAAAGUACAGACAAUUUUGGGCCUCAGAGGUGUCUAGAGUUAGCAGAAAGCAUCUUACAACAACAAUGCCAGGGGCAUUGAGUUAUAAUAUACCAAAUCCAUCAUGAUAAUAAGACCAGGUCUUAUUGAGAAUCAUCAUGUUUUCUGUUUGGGGUUUAGAACUAGCAGUGUUGGCUCCAAUUUGUUUAUUUGUUUGUAAAGGCUGUACUUUCCUUUCUCCCUCUCUCUGGGCCCAGUCUGAGGAAAGACAAGUUAGAAAUACAAUAAAUAUUAAAAAUGCCUCAAACCCAUGGGAGAGGGGGCAAACCACAGGAUGUGAUAGUGAGCAGAGAUCUCAAGUUCUGGAGAAGCGGAGCUUUCAUUUCUGAAUUUUUUUUUAAGGAAGAACAAGUGUCUGGCCCCUGUGGUUGCGAAGCUAUGCCAGGAAGUGUGGGGGCAAUUCCUGCUGAAAUCUCAGAUACCAUAGAAGUGUGAAAAGAAGAUUGCAAAUGGUUGGGGGCCCUUCUGGGUCCUUCUCAUUGUCUUUCAUCCCUCUGCCUGUCAGGUCUAGUAGAAAGAGGUUAAAUUUUGGAUCAGCAACAACAAAAUGUCAGUGGCAGCUUCCACACUGCUUGGUUUAGUGACUUGUUACAUGACACCUGUACAAUGCCAUUAGCAAAAUAGCCAGUCCUUCACAUUUUCCCUGUUCAUAACUCAGAAAAUAUUUCAUUUUCCUUUUCCUAUUCCCCCUUUCCCCUUUCUAAUGGUACUUUUAAAAAAUUCCCCUGGUGCAGAUAAACAUCCCAUUGCUAUUAGUGUCAGAUUAUGGCCUACAUAGAUUGGUCAGCCAUUUUCUAGAUUGUGAUCUAGCCACUGUCUCCUCUGUAAUCUCUCUCUUCUCUCUAGGAACCAACUCUAUCACUUUAACCUUCCCUUUCCCCAAAACAGCACCACCUUUUUAUCUGUUUUAAAUACAUAGAGGUUUUGCUAUCUGAACACAUGCGUUCUCAGGAAAUCAUUUGUUAGGUGAGCGUUUGCAUAGCGAGGUGCCAAUUUCCAUUCAUUCCUAUGGAAACAUUUCUAAUGCGUUCCCAACCAUGAAAUUUUGACUCCCAAAUGAAGAAGAAAAAACCCAGGGAAAUCCACUACAACUUUGCAAAAGACAAGGAUGGAAGGAAUGCUCCCUUAUUCAUCCGAUCUCUCCAACCAGAGUUUCUGGCAAAACGGCUGCCGUGGACCAGAAAAACACAAACAAAUAAUAAGGCUGCUUAUUUGUACUACACAUAGGUCCAGCUGUUUGGUUAUCUGAAUCUGUGGUGUGUAUAGCAAAAUUUGGGUACUAAUUCAUCACGUUCAAAUGAGUGAAUUUUCAUAGAACGAGCGUUUGGAUAGCGGGACCCGCAUGUGUUAGCACUGAGUACGUGCCGCUCUGUUUAGAAGUAGGCAAUCUGUACAGUAGGCCUGUUUCACAUCUGGGUAGAAUGGUAGAAAGUGCCCAAUAUCUCUAAAUCAGUUUCUGCCUCAUAUGGGAUGUUACAAAAGCCUAAACAAGCUGCAACGAUUUGUCUCAUUCCAAAGGCAAUUCAGCAACAAAGUUCAUCAGAAACUGAGGGGGAAGGAGGGAAUACGGCAGACGCCAGCAGCGAGGAGGAAGGUGACCGGGUAGAAGAGGACGGAAAAGGCAAAAGAAAGAACGAAAAAGCGGGUUCAAAACGGAAAAAAUCCUACACUUCGAAGGUAAUUCAUGAGGUUUCCUCUUGUUGCUGUUGCCCAUAAGCAGUGCUUUCUUUUUUUCAGUAGUAUGGAAUAAUGACACUUCUAAUAAUAGUAAUAGUAAUAAUAGUGGUAGUAAUAAUAAUAAUAAUAAUAAUAAUAAUAAUAUAAUGCAAUGUCACAUUCCUGUUAUGUAUUCAGUGGUCUGUGUUAGCCUGAGCUUGAGUCUGGACUAAGGAUUCUGAGCCCCUGUGUCCUGAUUCGAUACAUGACAUCCAAUCACAGAACAUUUGAGGAUUUGAGCCUCUGCCAUUGGCCCUUACACUCUGAGUCAUGAUUCGCAGCUUGGACGUUUAGACAGCCAAUCACGUUGGGAGUGGCCCAGGCCUUCAUAAAUGUAUAUAAGCAGUUGCUUUGCCCCUGUUGUCCAGUAACGUUCUUACUGUUAUCACUGUGUCUUACCUCAUGGGAACCCACUUCAAUUCCCAUCUUAACAGGAGGACUUCCAGGUGCUUACUACAAUAACCCCUCAUCUUAUGUGGGUUUGGUUUCAAGGGUUCAACUUACAUACACAAAACUUGCAUAUACCCACCCCUUGGAGCUGCUCUAUGGCUAGUGGGUGAUCUGAGGAGAGAGGGCAUCCUUAACACUCCCAGAGUUGGUGUGCCAAGUAGGCCUUGCAGACAAGGUGAAGAACUUUAAAACUCUUCUCAAGAUGCGUCUGUUUGGGCUUGUUGUUGUUGUUUAGUCAUUUAGUUGUGUCUGACUCUUUGUGACCCCAUGGAGCAGAGCACACCAGGCACUCCUGUCUUCCACUGCUUCCCGCAGUUUGGUCAGACUCAUGUUGGUAGCUUCAAGAACAGUGUCCAACCAUCUCGUCCUCUGUCGUCCCCUUUUCCUGGUGCCCUCAAUCUUUCCCAGCACCAGGGUCUUUUCCAGGGAGUCUUCUCUUCUCAUGAGGUGGCCAAAGUAUUGGAGCCUCAGCUUCAGGAUCUGUCCUUCCAGUGAGCACUCAGGGCUGAUUUCCUUAAGAAUGGGUAGGUUUGAUCUUCUUACCCAGCACAAAAAGAGCAUUUAAGCUCUCCAUCAGUCUCAAUGGAUGACCUUGGGCCUGUUGCUACCUCUCAGCCUAAGUUACCACAAAGGGCCAUAGUGAGAAUGGUGGGGAAAUGGGGAGAAUAAUAUCUGUCACUUUCAACACCUUGGAGGAGAGUUGGGAUAUAAAUGUAAUUAAUAAUAUUGCACCUGCUUCAGAACAACAGGGGACAAAAAUGGAAAUGAAAUUGAACCCAGAAACUGCCCCGUCAGAAUCUGCUGUAUUCUCACAUCCAAGUAAACGAUGCUUAAACACAGGCUGUCUUCUUUUCUUCCCCCCUUGAUGGAUAUACUUAGAAAUCUUCCAAGCAGUCACGGAAAUCUCCUGCAGAUGAAGAUGACAAGGACUGCAAAGAGGAAGAAAAUAAGAGCAGCUCCGAUGCUGGGGAAGCAGGCAACGACACAAGAAACACCUCUUCAGACUCGCAGAAAACUAGUGAAGGGGUAAGGGUUACUUUAAUGAAGGCCAUGACAUCCGAAGCAUUCUAAUGUCGCUUUCCGCAGCCACGACUUCUCCCAAAGAAUGCUGGGAAGUGUGGUUCGUUAAGGGUGCUGAGAAUUGUGAUUCGCCCUCACAGAGCUGUCAUUCCCAAAGUGGAUUAACAAUAGGGUUGCCAUACGUCCAGAAUUUCCUGGACAUAGCUGGAAUAUGGCAGUCAGAAGCAGUGUCUGGGCAGAAAUCGCUGAAAUGUCUGGGGAAAUCCGAAUGUACAGCAACCCAUGUCGUAAGUACAGUGGUACCUCAGGUUAAGUACUUAAUUCGUUCCGGAGGUCCGUUCUUAACCUAAAACUGUUCUUAACCUGAAGCACCACUUUAGCUAAUGGGGCCUCCUGCUGCUGCCGCACCGCCAGAGCCCGAUUUCUAGUCUUAUCCUGAAGCAAAGUUCUUAACCUGAAGCACUAUUUCUGGGUUAGCGGAGUGUGUAACCUGAAGCGUAUGUAACCUGAAGCAUAUGUAACCUGAGGUACCACUGUAUAGAUUUUGGCGAAUUUCCUUUGGGCAAAACUAAAAAAUAGCUCAACAACUUUUGUGUCCAGAUUUUCACUUUUUGAAAUAUGGCAACCCUAUUUAACAAUCCCUCUUUCCAGGGAACUCGUGAAAGUGUAGCUCUGUGAGGGGAACUGGGGUCUUACAGCAACUCUCAGUAUGAUUAACAAGCUACAUUUCCCAGGAUUCUUUGGGGGAAGCCAUGGCUCUUUAAAGUGGUAUAAAAGUGCUUUAAAUGUAUUGUGUGGCCAUAAUCUGGUGGGACUAGAUGCAAAGGGAUGGUGCUGUAUUAAAAGAAUAAAUAGCAGUGGGGGCACGGUCAUUCCAGAACAACACAUGUGUCACCCCCAUGGCACAGAGAAGAUGCAUCAUGAUUCGUAAUUAUCAAUUGCAUGGGUGUCUUUUUAAAAGUAAAUUGCAGGUGUGGGAGCCCUUAAUCUGGAUUGUAGCUUUCGCCUUCCCUGCCCUGCUACUGUAGUCAGGCUGCAGUUGCUAUUGCCACUGGAAUACAGUCAAACCUCGGUUGUCGAACGUAAUCCAUUCCAGAAGCCCGUUCAGCUUCCGAAAUGUUUGACAACUGACAUGCGACUGGCUUCUGAGCAGCGUCAGACGCUCGGCUUCCAAAAAACGUUCGAAAUCCGGAACAUUUACUUCCGGGUUUUCAGUGUUCAGGAGCCAAAGCUUUUCAAAAUGGAGGCGUUUGGGAGCCAAGGUUUGACUGUAAAAGCUGCCAUUUGAGCGCGUGGAAACUUCUAUCCCCAGAGGGAAUGGCAGGCAGACCCUCACGUGAGGGGCUAGGAGCUUCGACCUUUCAAACCCCGCUGCCACUGCUGUCCUGAUUGAUCCCUGGCACGGGGAGAACCUGCUAUUGUUGAAGGGUAAAAGGCUCCCUUUUGAGUGAAUUGGAAUGUUUAUCCCCAGUGAAAAUAAUGGGCAAAAGGGGAAUGAUCCAAAUUGAGCCCGCAGUGGAAGGCAAGGGCCUAAAUCUCCCUCCCCCCCUCCCCCAAUGACACACAGGCAUCUGCAAUUUAUGUUUUGAAAGCUAUUCACACUGUUGCUAAUUGUGUGAAUGGCAUCUCGUCUAGCUUGGCCCGAUGACUUGUUUACUUGUGAGUCGGAAAUAUCCCCCUGGUCAUUCUGCUAGUACAAUGAAUUGUGCAGUAGAAGGAAAAAUUGGAUGAUGAUGAUUAUCUAUUAAAUUUCCAUACUGAACACAAAAAUGUAUACCGUAGUAACAAACAAAAGCAGUACUGGCCCCACCCCACCCAGUUUAAAAGGCCAUAGAUUGUUUAAUUAGCCAAAGGCCUGGGAAAAGAGAAAUAUUUCUGCCUGGCGCCUAAAGAUAUAUAACGAGGGUGCCAGACGAGCCUCCCUGAAUGGCCAUGAAUUUAUUUCAGAUACCCCUAACUGUAGAAAUUUAGUACAGUGGUACCUCAGGAUACGAACGGGAUCCGUUAGGGAGCCCCGUUCGCAUCCUGAAGUAAACGUAAGACGCGACUGUGCAUCUGCAUGUCUGCGGGUCACGUUUUGCCGCUUCCGUGCAUGCGUGUGACAUCAUUUUGAGCGUCUGCGCAUGCGCAAAUGGUGAAACCCGGAAGUAACACGCUCCGUUACUUCCAGGUCACAACCCAAAAAUAUUCAUCCCGAAGCUACUUUGACCCAAGGUACGACUGUAUAUUGAAGAGAGGCCUAGUUUAAGAGUCCUUCACCCUGCCCUUAUAAGCUUUCAAGGAUAAUAAUAAUAAUAUAUUAUUAUUUUAUAUAUUAUUUCUACCCCACCACUGGGCAACUCCCAACAGAAUAUUAAAAACACGAUGAUAAAACAACAAAUUCCCUAAACAGGGCUGCCUUCAGAUGUUUUCUAAAAGUCAGAUAGUUGUUUAUUCCUUGACAUCUGAUGUGCGGGCGCCACCACCGAGAAGGCCCUCUGCCUGGUUCCCUGUAACCUCAUUUCUUGCAGUGAGGGAACUGCUAGAAGGCCCUCAGAGCUGGACCUCAGUGAACAAUGGGGAUGAAGACGCUCCUUCAGGAUCCGGAAGAGGAUUUAGUUAGACAUAAACUGCAGAUGGAAAUGUACAUCUUUUUCUAUGCCUCCCAGAUGUUCUGGCCGGUGGUCAGGGAUGAAGCUCAACACCUGGAGGACCAUGCCAAAGGCCUCACUUUGAAAAUGUUAUAUCCAAUUGAUAACAUAAUGCUGAUUGAAUUGUUUGCAUGCGUAUUUGUAAAGACAUUCAUAUAUUCUUCCUGUUUUCCCCCCAGACUUAACCAACAUAUUGACUGCUGCAUAUUAAGGGAAGACACAAGAAGGUUACAUGUUUGGUUGUCUAAAAUUCUUGGAUUUGAUAGAAGUCAGCACAUCUGUUCAUCAGCAGCAUAUCUGUUCGUAUGCACAUUUAGGUCACAUUCCUACCCACCCUGUUCUCAGAAACGACUUUCAACUUCAUUGUUAUCUCCCCACCCCCCAGGGGUUCCCUUUUCUGAACGUCAUUUUAUUUAAUCGCACGCGAAACAAUUAAAAAAAUGCGCUCUUUUCCAGCAAAUGUGACAUGCAAGAACAUUGCCAACGCGCCCAUCAUUGACACCUCCUCCCCCCCAUAAAAAACAACAACAAAGGGCCAAAACUCCAAACUUUAAACCGUUUUCUGAAAUUUCCUUUUCUUUUAAAAAAAAGCAGUAACAUUAAAAACGUUUGGAAAUAAAGUGCCCUCUUGUAAAGAACCGCAAGAAUCUUUAUUCUGCUUACAAACCAUGACUUUAAAAAAAAUAUCUCUUUAUCCAUUCUUGGUGUAUUACUUUUUUUUUACAAUUGGUUUGAAAACAGGGGUGGCCAGCAGAUGGCGCAGAAGCUAGAUUUCGUUCCUUAGGCAGUUUCCCGUGCUCCCCUCCCCCGCCAAAUUGCAGUCAAUAUAGGGCAAAAUAUUUGCUCACAAUUUCGUUUGUAAGGAAAUUUAAAAGAAGAAGAAAAAACUAUUUUCAAGUUCUAUGAAAUAGGAGAUAUUUCCCCAUCUCUCUUUUUUGGAUUUUUUGUAUGCGACAUGUAAAUGUACAUAUUUGUAUGUAACGGUAUGCCUGAUCUCCGUAAAGCCCUUGAGUCAAGAUGGCGCCAUCUUGAAUAAGGAUCCAUGCCCAUUCAUUCAUGAAACAAUCAAAUUUACGUGCAGAAAAAUACCCACGACCAAAAUCACAUGCUAUAUAGCCACUGUCUGGAGAGUAAAAGACUCCCCUCCUAGAAGACGUAAGAGGGCCAUCUCUGUUUUAAAACCUGGCAAAAUGUACUUGAGUUGCGUUCCUGCUCAAAAAGUCCAUAUUGUAUGAAAAUACCUUUCCUUAUUAGACAUACCUAGCUAGCUAUACUCUUAAUACUUCUCAAGGUCAUGAUGUAACGUAAAUUUCUCUGACUUAGUUCUUAUAUGUGGAGUUAGUGAAAGUCUUUUGUGUUUCUUUAGAUGAAUACAAGGAGCUUUUUUUCAAAACCCCAAAGCAAAUUUGAGCUUUUUCGGAUGCCUUCCAUUUUUAAGCGCCUGAUAGUGUUUUUUUUAAAACAAAAAUAAUAAUUACCCUAUGGGGAAAUAAACCAAAACAUCAAAUUGAAAAGCAGAACCCAACCUGAAAGGCUUAAAAAGGAAAAGAAAGAAAGAAAGAAAAGAUCCUGCCAUCAUUUUUCUGUUUUUUUCCCUACUUUCAAAACUAGAUCUAGACUAGUAAGUAAGCAUUCCAAAAUCCAUUAUUCUGUGUACAUUAUUGUUGCUAUUGUGAGAAUAGAGAAUUUUAUUUAUUUUUCAAUGCCAGCCUUUAUUGUGAAAACAUAUGGGUUUAGUCCAGUUUUUAUCAAUCCUUGUUAUGCUUGUCCUUGGAACAUCUUUUGCGUACUCAAGGUUUGUAGUUGAAAAGUUUACUGUACAAAAAAAAUAAAAAAUCAUGGGGAGGGGGGGAACACAAGAAAAAAAACCACAAAAAACUAUUGUUUUUACAGAAUAAAUUUAUUGGAAUGUGUAUCAGGAGUAAGGUUUGAGGUUGUAAGCAGCUAAGUUAGCGUCGUAUUUGGCUUCAUACGUGUAAUAAUGUGAGGUAUUCAUGUAACUCGAGUAUUAAAGCAAAGCAUUCUGUUAUCGUUGAGUUCGUUCUAAUAAGAGCACCAAUACAGGGAAAGCUUUCUUGUUUCUGUCCCUUUGCUUUUCUUACUUACGAGACUCCGUGU